AGUGUAACGUAGCGUCGCCAUCGUCCAGUGGCUCCAUCCACCUGAAGAUUUCCGAGACAGUUCUUAUUACCAGUGGUGGCAGCGCAGCACUUGCAAAGGGUGAAUCAAUCUGUGUGUGUGUGUGUGUGUGUGUGUGUGUGUGUGUGUGUGUGUGUGUGUGUGUGUGUGAGAGAGAGAGAGAGAGAGAGAGAGAGCGAGAGAGAGGGAGGGAGAGAGAGAGGAAGAAGACAGCGUCGGCGGCGGCUCUGCAGUGGAAUACGCUCCUAUUUGAGGGGAAGGUGAGAAGCUCUCGGAGUACCCGACCAACCAGCCAGCGUGUGCGGAGCAGGAGAAGACGUGAACGCAGCAUCAUGAGAUAAAAAAGGUGAGUCUAUCGAUGACAUUGACUGUGUCAUUCUGUCAUGUUUGUGUGCUACGCAUGUUUGUACGUGUGUGUGCGUGCGGGUGCGUGCCAGUUUGUGCAUUCGUGCUCAACAAACAAGUAAAGCGCUGGGAUGGAAAUCCGCAUUUAUGACCUGAUAUGUUGUGUGAACUGCCCUCGUGCGUAUAAUCUGGUAUCGGCCUCCCGCCUCACCGACUGCACAGCUGUGAUCUCCAGGAAUUACAUGUAUGUAUGAGGAGACCGUGCGCGUGCGUUUGCACGUGUGUAGGGAAUAAACUGAUUUGCAUGAUCUGAUUUGUUUUUGUUAUUUUUCUUAAAGAAAACUUUUCCUUCAACCUUUGAGCGUUUUGUUGAAAACUUGUUUGUUUUUCAGUAUUAAUGUGAACAUAACCUUGGCGAUAAGAGGAGCAUUCACUGUAGCACAAGCUGUUGACAGGGCUUACUGUUUGAUCCGGCCAACGCACAGCUUUCACUCAAAUCAACUCAAUUAAACAUCCCUAAUCUGGACCGUUUACAGACUUAAUGUGUGUGAUGCGGUCCGGUUAACCCCCCAUUCGGCCCCCAAUUGAUGACCCCAGAUCUGUGAAGGGAAAAAUGCGCAGCCACCUUGCGGCUUAUGCGCGGUGGGUUAAGCUCUGAGUCAGAGCCUGGGGGCCCCUCCGGCUGAGAACAAGGAGCGGAUAGAUUAGGACUGAUGAAUGAAGAUCUACUGCCUCUAUCUGCAACACAAUGAUACGGUUAUGAGAGGAUUUAAAUGCUAAUGUGCAGUGUUUCAGAGAAAUCCGAAUGGGGCUGAGGACUGGCGGGAGGAGAUUGCUGGCAAGUGUGUGUGUGAGUGUGAGCUCAUGGACCAGCUGGAAGAUCUCCGGAGUUUUAUGAUAGAGAGAAUAAGUUAUUAAUGGGGUGUUGGAAGGUGAAGUGGGGCACUGGGGCAGGAUUAGACAAGAGAGGGGGAGAGCUAACUGUGUGUAGCCUGUGGGCUCAAACAAGAGGGGAUGUGGGGGUAUGGCCGCCUCCAACACGAAGUUUUCUCAGAUUUGCAUGCGAGGAAGGAGGAAGAUGAUGGAGAGUUUUAAAGGGGAUAUGGAGGAGGCAUUUCUGUGUACAACAGCUGUUGCCAUUUACUGUUUUGUCACCCCACAGGCUUAUUUUUGCCUUUGUUUAAUUCUCUAUCCCUACACUAUUUAUUGAUGAUUACAGCACCUGUAAGUAUAAACAGGAUGUAGCUUCACCACCAAGCGAUGACCAUGACACAUACCUUUUAUGCAGCCUUUCACAGCAUCAUCUUUCCACUGGAUCCAGAAAAGGCCUGCAGACAAAAAGAAAGUGAAGAAGGAUUUAGGGGAAAUUCUGUCUGUCAUGGAUUUGUCAUUUAAAUUUUUGUUACCCCCACAAGCAGAUUAAGCACUUGUUUUUUGCUGCCUGAAUUUUAUACCCUCAGAUUUUUAUUCAUGCACCUGUGUUCGAUUUAAGGCUUGUUACAGUACCCGUAAACUUCGAAGCCUUCAAACGAGCACUGACCAUGACACAUAUCAUUUAUGAGCUGCAUUUCAUAGCAUUUUCUUUCUAUUACAUCCAAAACAGGCCUGAGGAUGUAAAACUUUAAGAGGGUUGUAAGUUUUUAUGCUGCCUGUAAAAGUAUGUGUUUUAUCCAAUCAUAUUGUGGGCUUUAUGUCUGAAAAGUGCAGGAAAAGAGGCUCCUCUUCAGGCUGAUCAUGAACUGUGUACAACACCAAGCAGUCAUUGCAAGGCCCUGGCUUCAUAAGGUGGCUGUCACAUAAUAUCACAGUUAAAGGCAAGGUCCUCCAGCUCAGGGCAGGGCUUCAAAAUAUCAAGAUGUCUCACUGCUGGGAAAAAGAGGCCAAAAAGGCAGAGGGAUCUGUCGGCCUUGAACUUUGGAGCUGCCCUCUUUGUCCUUUGUGCGACCAAAGUGUUAAAUAAAGUAGUUUUAAACAAUGACUUUAUAUAAAUAUGGACAAUGCACCACAAUGUUCUCCCAUUGUUAAACAAAUGAAGCCAAAAUACUGCCUUUAGUUGGGCACUGACCGAGGCUUUCAUCGUCAACUAAAACUGACAGAAAAACAAAACAGAAGUGCUGCCAAUUGAUACAUUUUAAAUCAGAUCAAUCACAGGGCUGCUGUGGAUUGAUUUUGAUUAAUAUCACUCAUUUCUAAUUUAUAUUAGUAGUUUAAUCUAUAUUAUUUUCAUUUUGCUUGAAAAGAGAGAACUUAGAAAGCAAGAGUGCUAGCAGAAUCCUUGACUAACUUUGCGUUCAUGUGGUGUCUUAAGCAGGAAGUGUCUCAGUAAAAUGAAAACUUCUUCCUGCAGAGAGUGAAAAAUACUUCACACGGAUCGACUGUUAUGCCUUAUUUAUUUGUAGUCAGAUUUGCUAUCCACAUGCGGUUUUGUGUCUUGCAUGUUUGGAGCCUGUCACUACCCGAUCAACUGCCCGUUUACGCAUGUGUGAAGGUAACACUAUCUGUCCAAAUGCGUCAUCAGGGAUGUUUCAGGCAUUUUUAGUCAUUCUGUGCUGCAGAUGGGUUAAUUGGGUUAAAAUUUCAAAUCAGAUUAAUCAUGUUGAUGGAUCAAUCUGCGUAAUUUUGCGUUAAUUUUGACAGCCCCAAAAAGAUGAGGAACUUUAUUCAUCACCGUGGAGAGAUUCAAAAGGUCAAAAACAUUUCCGUGUGUUUAGAUAAACGUUUUUAAAAACUUUUGUAAAAGUAACUGAAAUUGUCUUUCUGAUUGAUUAACACAUGUCAAACCUGCUGCUCUUCAAAGUUAAUUUCCUGCUAAUUUUUCCUGCUCAGAAAUAUGCAUCUUUUGUUUUCAGGACAUCUACUUAUUUGUCUUUAAGUGUAUACUCAGCUGUCAGCAGAACUGUCCAUUGAGCAUGGCGUCAUUUGCUGCUGAGCAAAGUUGCAAAGGGGAUAUGUACCGACAAGCUGGGGCGCAUCCAGAGUACCUGACUGGGGUGGCUGAACUGGGGCACUGACUGUGUAUGUAAUCCUGCACAGCAAUAAACAGCAUUUAUCGUUACGGUUAAUUUGAACAUAACUCCUGUGAUGAGAAGGCAGAUAUCCAGAUGAAAUGAUAUUUUCAAGUGCACCUUUUUUAGUUUUCUUUUAAAGUGAAAAAUCUGAUGUGUACUUCAAUCUCAUUACACAGACACAGAGCCCCCCCCCCCCCCCCCCCAAAAAAAAAAAAAAAAAAAAAAAAAAAACCCUGUAAAUUAAGGAUUGUAUUGUGGCUCAAAGCUAAAACAAAAAACUCAAAAUACAAGAGCAUUUUACAUCAACAAAAAAAGGUUGAAAACAAAAGUACAAAACAAGAAAUUUUCAUGGUAUUCUAGUUUUAUGGCAUUCUAGUUUUAUGGGAUACACUAGUAUUUUCAUAUUCUGGUUUGACCCAUGUCCUUCCCUCAUUGGGGGUUUUAUGUUGUCUCUUUCAAGGUUUAUAGCCCUUUUUUCCAUCGGCUCUAAGAGGUUUAAGUAUCAAAAAAAUGGCCCCUUGAGAGUGCAGCAAAAACACACCAGGGGAAAACUAUGUUUAAUAACUAUGACCUGGAAGGGGGGACAUCCACCCAACAACUUGGGUCAACUCUUGGGUCAUUUUCACUUGGGUCCUGAAGAAUCAGAGUCUUGACCCAAUAUAUUAUUAAAAUUGAACAAUCUUCAAUUCACCCAGAAAGGUUAACACAGAUUAGUUAAUGGGGUCCAGGUGGAAUAGUUUAUUCAGAUGAUUCCCCUUUUUAUGGAGUGUGCAGCUGUACCCUGCUUAACAUGUAGACUUUUCUUCCAGUGGUGUUGGUCACAAAUGUAGUCGAUAAAGGUGAGCAAAGGACAGUCAACCCUCCAAGGAAGCUGAAAUCCUCCAGCAUCCUUUUCAUGAUAAAUGGACCUGAUCUGCAGCAGAGCCGCAGUCGAAUACAUCAUGAAGAAACUUCUUCAGUGCUCCCAGCUUGUGGUCAUCUUCCUAAUUUUAACUGUCAACCGUUUCUUUAAACACGCUGGCAUACAUGCCACAAAAAAUGUGUUUCCUCCUUCCUGUGUCACAAAUUAAGCACUGGCUGAGCGAUUUCAGUCAUUUGAGGAAUCAGGCAAGGCAGCUCUUUAAUUUCUGAGGCACACCACUUAUGCAUGUCUGAUGAGCUUGAUGAAAACAAGCAAGCAGGUUAACAGGGACAUGGUAAAUUACACCUGCACACCUGGCCUAGAGGGAAGGUGUGACUUUGAGAUAAUGCUCAGCCCCCCUCCCUCAUUUGGCUUGAAACUGUAGAGCUACUGCUGACUAUUUCCAGAGGGGGCGCACUUCAGUCUCCACUAAUUCUCCAUAACAACAAGGGCAAAGUUAAGUAUAUAUUCCUUUCUCCCCCAAAGGCCCAGUACAACACAAUGUCAGUGAUCUGUGCAUCUCUGAAAAGAAGGUCAGGAUGCUUUCAAUCUGCUCUGCCUUUCCUCGUACCCUUACUGUACCUCAAAGGACUACAUUAAUUCUGAGGGACGUCUUUGCUGCUAAAUUAGAUGCAAUGAGAGUAACUGUUGCCCUAAAUAUGGUUUCUGUGUGUGCACAUGUAUAUAUGCCAUACACUUGUUUCCUAGCAUGUUGGAGAAAGCAAAAAAGGGACGAGGACUAUGGAUGACAGUAAAACGACUCUAAUCAGAGCAAGCUGGUCGCUGAUCUCUUCAUGGGGCAGAGCUGUCAUUGAUUGAUUGCCGUACGACUUGCUGAUGUACACAGGUUGAAGGGUAAAGGGAGGGUUGCUGAUCUGCCAUGAGAGGCUAACCUCCAGUUGUCUCUUAAAAAUGCGGCAAAACGAGCCUUAAAUCGACUUGACAUGUUGGUUUCUUGUUGGGAUGGGGGGGGGGGGGUUCAAUUUUUAAUUUCAAAAAACGUUCAAUCUAUUUGAAAAGUCUAAAUAUGGUUUCCAUUUGUUUUUAGCUUUACCAUCUGCUGCUAUUAUUGUAUGACAUCCAGCUGCUUCACACAGUUGCAACGAGGGGGUUGUUGGUCUUGGCUAGCCCGUCGCAAUGCAAACUUAGCAAGCUAGCAGUCUGUGUGUCUGUAUGUCUUUGGAUUAACAAGAAAUUCGGUUGGAAAGUAAGCAUAUUGCAGCUUCUGGAGUUUGAAGAAAUGAAACAGCUGUCAACACCAGUACACACUGAACAUCUUUAUACACUUUCCAAAUCUGAAAAAGAAUGUUGAUAUCUACUUUCAUUUUGUUGACAUAGGCCUGCACCCCUGUGUGGUGAGACACCCUCCUCUGUUAGGGAUAUUGUGACAGCCCCGUGGGAUAAUCUGACUCCAAGGUGUACAGCUUCUUUUUAUGCAAAAGUAUCUAGAAAUUGCUACUGAUUGACAGUAAUCUCCAUGAAAAAGCAACAACUUGCAACAACAAGUUUUUAUUGAAAUCAAGUUCACAGUAAAAAUAUAGGCAGCCGGUCCAAGCAUUCCUUUAUAUGCUAAAGUAUAUUCUUCACUUUGUUAAACCUGAACUUAAAAUCUUUACAUGUUAUAGCUAAGUUACUAAAACAUGUGACUUCAUUUUUGUAAGAUUAGCACAGCACAACUCUCAAAUUUUGUGUCGGUUAAUUUAUUGUAAUAAUGUGAAAAAAAAAAUCAGAGGCUGCAUAAACUCAAAUACAUUUUACUUUGAUGACAUACUAUAAAGCAAUACAAUACAUUAAAAACAAGAAGUUAUUUGAUUCCCAAAGGGAUAAAUUAGUUUGUCUGGAAUCUCAUCUCAUCUGCUAUGUAUAGAAGAAGGAAACAGUCUGAUGGCUGUGGGUUGAAGUGAGAGGAGCUGUCCAUUACCUUUGGCCCAUCAAGGAGUUAUGAAGUGGAUGAUCCAUGUCUUUCAGAAUGAAGUGUGUGAGUGAAGUUUGUGUGUUAGUGCCUUAAGAUGUUGAGUCUGUAUCCUAGCAACAGUAUCAUGGAGAACAUCACACGGAACACAGCCAUUGCCUUGGGUGGGAUUUAUACAAGUAUUGUUAUGAUAUGACUGAAUUCCCUAAGGACAUAAUAUGGACGAAGGGCAACUGCAAACAGUUCAAUAUCUGGACAACAAUAAUGAUAAUGAUAGAUCACAGCAAACUGAAAUUAAUCCUAAAAGAAGACCCCAUUAUCUUACAAGAGAAGCAGGGAUUGGUUUGCAUUGUGAAAAGAUUUUGAAUAAAAAAAAAUUUUAAAAAGUGAAAAAGUGGGAUAUCAAACGAUUCAGAUCUUCUCGGUUUCUUGCCUUGUGUCUUAAUUUGGGUCGAUCUGGAGUUUUGUUUUUGUGCAUUACAUGGCACAGUUUGACUCUGGGUAACCACAGGGGCUGAGAAAGCAUGAGCACUGACCCGAAGCUGGCUGUGAUGGUGAGGUUGAUAUAAUUAGCCCUGAUUGGUUUGAUUGAGCCUCCUGUCCAUGCCUGGGUGUUGGCCCUUUGAGGGAUCUUGAUGCUGUCUGGGCAUUAAUUAUUGAGUAAAUUGGGGAGAAUGGUGAUGGUUAAUGAUUCAAAAUAAAUGUUAUAAUCUAUUAGAAUGGACAUAAUUAGAAAUGUCCAGAUUUUCCUCUGAGAAACAUAUUCUCGUCAUGACCUCAAGUGGACAGGGAUGCCUAAAAAAUGAACUGAGGCCAUUCCUUCUCCGCGUCUCUCCUCAUGAGUUCAUGAAUGCAUCUUGGGAGAGCAGGCUGGUGAUGCUUGGCCAAAUAUCUGAUCACUUGUUGGUAAAGAUGGACCAAAUAAGGAAGUCAUGGCCAUAAGUCAGGCCAUGGUUAAGUUUGUGCUGUUGGAAAUGAGCUGGCCAGAGAGAGGGGUCAGCCCUGCGUGUCUGAUAUUGAGUUUGGCAAAGAGGAGCGAUAUUAUCUUCCCCUGGUUAGAUUAAGUAUUAGUAAAUGUGAUUGGGUAAUGAAGGCGGUCAGGCCCCAGUGACCACAAUGCUUUGCAGCGACUGCUGGCUUGGCUGCAUCCAGGCGCUGAGUCUUGAGGGAGUUUGUUUCGGGUCAGUGACGGCAUAAGAGCUCAAUACAACAUUGCAGAGUCAGGCUGGGGCCUUUCCUCUGUCUGCCUGGCUGACUGGCUGCCGAGCUGGAGGCACAACUGUAGUGGCAUACUGAUGCUGCUGCUGAUGAGGAUGACAGUGUAAAUAUUGAGGAUGCAGAUGCAAAGAAACAGAAGCAGAAAACAUAUUACAGCCCAGACGAGCGGACGAGUGUGAUGCUUAACAGUUUGUUGUUUCAUCCUUCCUUGUGAUUCAAGCAUGAUACAAACAGGUUGGUCUCAGACUCAUGGAGAGAAGUGUGGGCACACUGUUGCACACGUAAUCAAACAUCUUUUAUGGAUCCGGUUGGGGAGGUUGUUGUAUUUUUAGGGGGGAGAUGGUACUAAUGUCACGGCAAGAUGGUGAAGGCGGUCCCUGGAGGCCGCUCCAGCCACAAAGGAGGUAGUUAGUGAAGCUCUGCGCCAUUGCUGUGAUGAAUCACGCAUCAGUUUUUUACGGUUAGGACGAUUACUCUCCGUGCCGUCACGUGAGCUCGUGCAUGCUUUCAGUGUUUGCUCUCCCACUCCCCGGACUCUCUAUGAUAUCUAUAGACUGUUGACUCAGUUGUACUUGUAUAUUUAUAUAUUUUGCCCCUCUUGCACUUUUCUUCCCGUGAUAUCUUUGUGUUGGGUGGUGCAACUGUGCGGCAUUCGGGCUCAAAUUUCCUCGUGUGGACAAUUGAAACACAUGCUGUUAAUUGAAAUAGAUACAACACUGUAGGCAAGAGAGUUUGGAUUUGUUCGUUCUGUUGAAAUAGAGGAAGUAUAGAAGCUGUUAGAGCUUAUUUGGAGCUUUCAAAGCACUUUUCCUUCUCAGUCGUGUACCUGUGUUGACCCAAGUCUAAUAAUAAAUCAAUCCAACCUGCAGUUAUCAAUUGUUCUGGCAGCUAUCAGUCACUGCUUUGCUCAGAAACACUGUCACAUGAACCAUUUUCAACACGGAUUCAGGGCCUUCUCCAUCACACUGCAGGGUUUACCGAACUGACGCCCCGCUUUGAGAGCUUCAGAGCGGGGCCUGUGGACGUCCCGAGCCCCCGCCGACGUGACGGAAACACGCAAGAUGGUGAGUGGUUACUAUGGCAGGUUACUAUGGCAACCUCAGGUCUCUGUGAGAGCUUCCAUUUCGCACAGCGUGGGAGAGAGGGAGAAAGAGGGAGAGAUGGGUGGAGAGAAGGACCUGCAGAGAGAAGAAGGGUGGAGAAAUCAGCAGAGGAGGUGAGGUGUGGAGAUAAACAUGCCAUAGGUGUAGAAAAGGGAAGAGAAGGAGUGAAGUGAAGAGGAGUAGAUGCAGGGGAGGAAGGAGGGAGGGGUAGUAAGAGGAGAGGGGUGUUAAGGAGACAAAGUGAUGGAAAGGUGUGAGUGAUGGGGUGAGGCAGAGGUGUGAGAGGGGCAGAUCGAAGGGCAGGAGGGGGGGAUCAUGUAGCUCCUUCAGAAACCGCGUUACAGUGUUACGUCUCAGCACUCCUUUGUGAUUGUACCAUUGCUUCACACAGUCUUUCCUCUCUUUAUCUUUCCAAUACUUUUCUUCUUCUUCUCCUCCUUCUUUUCGUCUUUCCUCUCCCUCACCUCUCUGAUUUAGUUGGAAAGACGCUCGGCUGCGAGAGACUUUGUGUCAGUCUUGGUGACUAGUCUCCAUGGAGACGUCCAUCAGUCAGUCCGUGUCAGUUGUUUCUUGGGCAAAGCCUUAUCGUGUUUGUCAGUGUGAGUGUUUAUCUGUCUGUGUAUUAGUCAGAGUGUCACUCAUAGAGAAAGGCAGGGCCAGGCCCUGAAUGGAUGGAGUCCAAGAGAGCGUUGCUUAUCAGGCAUGCAUGCACACACUGUUGGUUUGCUUGUUUGAUUUUUUUUUUUGUGUGUGUGUGUGUGUGUGUGUGUGUGUGUGUGUGUAAAAACAAGCAUUUAGCACAAAAAACUGUAGGGUCCAACGUUCAUACAGCCAUUUGAUUUUGAGAUGCACAGAUUCAUCCACCUUUACACUUGUUGCAUCACAUGUGUGAUGUGUCAGUGUGUGCGCCUUUUUUCUCUGUAUAAAUCUUCAUUAAACACUGAUCGGUGUCAUCCUCUAAAACUGCAAACUGCUGCUGAUGUCGCACAUCUCCUUUUUCCUCUGCAUAUCUUUAAUUUCAUCUCCUACAUUUAGUGUAAUCACUUUUGACUGCAACAUUACACUGUCACAACACUGCAAUACUGAUUCACUGCAAUAACAUCUCUCCUCUGUUUAUCCUGUUCUCAUACUGUUGGGUAGCAGUGUUUCUUAUUCCUGAACAAGAAUGAGUUGUGGUGGUUACACAGAGGAUAUGCUCUUUGCAGAGCUUGAGGUGUAUGAUCAACAAGUCAAUACAGUUAUGUUUUAAAAAAGAAACUGUAUGUUAACAUAAAAUGAAUAAAUGAAAUUGCAUGUAAAAAGCUCAGUUUUCCAUUCCAGCUUCAAAUGUUCAGAUUUCUCCCAUUGGGAAGGAUGCAAUGCUCAUUUUCACUCCUAUGCUGUGUAAAGGUGGAAAAUGUGUGUUGAUCAAUGCUCAGGAGACAGGAUGAGAUCUGGGGAGCAGGCUGGGUGAUGAAAUCGGUACAGUUGACAAACAGAGUCAAGACCAAAGUCUUCAGAGGAGCCCCAAACUCUUGUAUUGCAAGUGUGACUCUCUCAUCUUGCCUGUUAACCAGAUGCCCGGGAGGUUAGCCAAGGACAUUCCAUAUUGUUUUGAAAGCAAUAGAACAUUAAUACUUCUGGGAACACUCAACGUAGCUUUCCCGGUAAUCACCAGGAAAUCUGGGAGUACUUGUAAUCAAAUAUAGUACUUGUACUACAAAUAUUUACAAGACCGAUCCUCCAAAUAUCUCAGCCUAGUAUAAACCAUUAAUAUAACUGUCUAUAAUUUCUACACAAAGGCCCUAAUCGCAGAUCUAGUCACACUUGCUGUGAUGGUCACUGUGCUCUGCUAACAUCAUGUAUUAUGAAUUUAUAUGCUGGUUACUGAGCCCAUUAUUGAUCAAGUAGAAUUACUGAUCAUCCCUACCUGGUUAUAGAUGAAACAUCUGCAAUGAAUUAUGAAUAACAUGGGAGAGUAGGGAUGAGAAUUGAUAAGAUUUUAUCUGUAUUAAUGCUGUUAUCGAUUCUGCUUAUCGAUUCAAUUCUUUAAUGAUUCCCUUAUCAAUGCCUUUCUUUGAUUAAAAAGUAGACUAUAGGUUUUCACUGUUAACUCAAAAAUUUAUUGAGUCUCUAAAAACAGAAAAGGAUUUAUGCCACCUUCAGUGAGAGUCUAAAAACAACCAAAUGACAAACUAUUUGUACAGCAUUUACUUCAUUCAGUAUUAAGUCAAAUACAAACCACAUUGUUAAGUCUGGCAUGUAUUGUGCUUUUGUUAACACAGGACAUACGUACCUCACAUGCUGUGUAGAAGUGGAGCAUGUUGCUAGUGUUUCCACCUUCGCAUGUUAUGACUGUUGUCUUUCUUAGUAAAAUGAAGCCAUGCUUUAGAUUGUUUCUGCCUACCUUUUGUAGCGUCCGUUCCUCAAAGUCUCUGUUCUCAGUCGCUGACUGGCUCUCACGAGACCUUUUUUUCAAGGCCCCUGGAAGAAAGGAAUCAUUAAGAUAAAAUAUAAAGUGUGUAUGAAACAUAAUAGCUAUUUAAUGUCAAAUAUCGGAAGUAUAUAUACCAUCGACUGUAUAUGGAAUGGACAACAUGGCUUUGCCUCCCAUCAUUGUAUGAAUUUGACACCAAAUUGCUCUCGGUUUUUACAGGAUUUUCUCUGCCUCCUGGAACUGGCGGGAGAGUCGCUGUGGUAACGCUCUGCUUAAAGAGUGUACCUCCUGGAUGUUUAAUGCAAUCCUCUUACAUCCAUAGGCUAUAUCUCUCAAAAAUGGAGCUGCACCAACAGAAAAAGGAGGACUUGAGCUCAAACCAGUCUAACAGUAACUACAUAUCCACAUCACAAUGGGGGGCUAUCCCCUUCUCCUAGUUUGCUGGAGGAGGCGGGGAUUAUGACCUAUACUGCAACCAGUCACCAGGGGUGCUGGCUGUUCUUGUGGUGGUUUUACCCAGUGAGAAGGCAGAAGACGUCCAUUCUAUAUACAGUCUAUGGUAUCAACCUGUAAUAUGAAAUAUGCAAAGUUUAUUAAACUAUGACAUAAACCAUCAAAACAUACAUUAGAUUGUGUGAUAAGAAAUAUUCAUGUUCACUUACUUCACUGUGUUACCAUAGCUAAGAUCACCUGGUGUUAUAUCAUCAGCAUGUUAGAGUCACAACCCUGUUGGGCUGUAUUUAUCUACAAGGAAAGAUUCUUACAGCCCUGUGCCCUGGUGUUACAACAUCACUUUUUUCAUAACACAAUUCUCAGCUCUGGUAAUACCAUUAGUUAUACAGGUUUUGUAACAAACACCUAUGAUUAAUACAACUAAUGCAAUUAAUGUGACUUCAAAUUAACAAGUCAAACACUGUAAAUGAAACAAAAACACAUGGAUUCAGUUCAACAUUUCUAACACUCUAGAUGAGACAGAUAUAUUGUUUGUGUUACUCAGAGGGCUCUAUUUUUGUGUCUGCCGGGGACGCGGCGGACCCCGCGCAGUGGUAUUUAUGUCUGGCAGAGCCUGGCGUACAGCCAGUUUGGUAUUUUCAUGGACUGAGGCGCACCGAAGUCCGCCAAGCUGGGCAUGUUGGCGUGGCAGGGGGAGGUGUCGACAGAAUCAGCUGGUGCAGUGACAUUUUCGUGCUCUGAAAGACCAAAAGUGCGCUGAAAGCUCGCCGAUUCAAACCUGGUCAGCUUUCAUUGCAUGCGGAGCGCAGCUGGUCUAGUGGUAUUUUGGUAGACCAGCGGCGUAUCGGCAUACAUCACUGAUGCCUCACCUGCAGGUUUUCACAGUGUCAGGCACAUUUCAGUGCAUUAAAUAAUCAUCAACAACUAAUAAUCUGAGUCAGUACAUACAUUUAGAUCUAUAUAGAUAUAUUCUUAUCUAUAUCUGAUCUGAUUUGGCACACGUUUGGACACACAACCUGACCAAAUCAACACAGCUGAAACCGCAUUAAAUUAAAUAUCUAGUAAAUAAACACACAUGAUGAAGUGAACAAGAUAUUUCGUAAUAAUAAUAUAAAUAAUAUAAUAAUUCGUCUCCCUCCUUUUCUUUCUUCCUCUUCCUCUUAUUCCUCAUGAAGCUCGACCUGGACAUGUCUCCAUGUCCUCUCCCCGUCCUGCUGCAGCGGCUGAACAGAUGAUUUGUUUCAGUGAUCAGAUGAGUUUUUUACUUUAAGCCUACAUAAGAAUAUUAUAAUAUUCAGUUUUGUGAGCCAAAUUUAUUUUAUAUGCCAACAUCUAUGAAAGAAAGAGCCAGGCCACAGAGCGCGAUGCGUUAUUUACGCACAGAUGGUUCCGAUUUUAAUGCCAUUAUUGGAAUUUAUGUUGUGAUCUGUGCGCACAACCCACCUUUGUCAUGUGAGGUUUAAAUAUGUGCAACUUUAUGUGAGUGUCUUUAUUUGUGGAAAAGGGUGUUUGUCUUACUAGUGGGUCCAACAUUACAAACACCAAAUCCAUCUGUUCUCAUAUCAGAGAGUGUGCAGGAUGCCCUCUGCAGCGCUUACAGUGACAUUUGAUGAGGAGCUGCCUUCCGUCGCCAUCAUGUGGCAUUACUGUCUUCAGACAUCUCUUGAUCUCUUUGACUACUUCACGAAAAUUGUAAUAUGCCUAGCCGGUGGCGGAUUUAAAGGCGAGGAGAGGAGCUGAUUUUAUUGGUCAAUACAGGUCUUGGCUGUGUUAAAUCCACUCCACGCCCUCUAUCCUCCCUCCCUAAGACUUACGCUGCUGGGAGGAGCUGAGUUAGGGAGGGGGGAUACUUACGCCGGGCUGCGCCGCUCACCAAAAUACCAAAUUGUGCUUGGGAACGCCUUGUCGGUGCGACGGACCUGACUUACGCCGCGCCCGCGGCACGUCUCCGGCGAGGCACGAAAAUAGAGCCCCUGAAGUCUCCUCUAUCUAAUGUGUACACUAACUUAAAUACUGUCUUCCCAAUAUCAUCCAUUCUUUUAUGGGAUUUCUGAACAGCAGCCUCUGGAAGCUGCCGGAAGCAACAGUAGCACUUCAAGUAUAUCCCCAUUGCAGUAGAAACAAAAGUAGGUACUUUUCACAGCUACAACUAAGUACUUAUAUAACAGACAUCACUCACCUUAGAUACGCCCAGUUCACCAAAUAAAUAAAUAAAUCACUAGGUGUAAAGUUUCGUUUGCUAGCAAGAUGACCAUCAGCAUUGGAGUGAGAACUGAGAGGACGUGACCACACAGACAUCAGAAAGUUACAUUUCAGUGUUUUUGAGCUCUGGUGACUGUUGCCUCUGAUCUAAGGUUGGGUAUCGUUUGAUUUUGAACGAUUCAGAUUUCGAUUCCUCGUUCCGAUUCCUAUCGAUUCUUUUUUUCGAUUCUUUUAAAAGGCAUGAUAUAAAAAAAAAAAAUGUUUGAAUGAGGGUGCUAACCGGAGCUCUUCUUUUUAGAUGAAAUUUCUGAACUUCUCCAUUAAUUUUUAAAUUCUAUUAACUUUUUAAGAACUUUCAUAUGAGUUUCUCACAGGGCUUUUUUCAACCAGUAUAUAAAUAUCAAUUUUUGUUGUCAGGUCGUUUGUCUAUGAAAAAGUACACGGGCUAAUGUUCGUUCAAUAUUUAAGUUGACCCACCGUACACAGUGCAAUUUGUUUGCCGCUUUAAUGUUAGCAGAGGACAGAAGUUAUUUAUUGUUUCACGUACCUGAUUCUGGCUGGUUAGCGGAAGACUGGUGUUGUGCUGUAGAAUGCAUCCCUGCCAUAGAAUGCCUCCCCUCCACACAGAGAGAUUGAAGAGAGACAGAGAGAGAGAGUGCAUUGUAACCCACAGCGGCUGCAUUGCUGUUGGUUGCAAUGUACUUUCUCUCUCUGUCUCUCUUCUCUUUCUGUGUUGCUUCGUCUCAUACCCGCCGUCCUCGUUGAUGUUAAGCGGCGUCUUCUUCGUUGGAGUUGGGCGGCUAUUUCUUCUGGUCGGCGGACUCCAGCAUCGAAACUUGGAAUCGAAAUUUUUAAAUUUGAACGAUUCCAGGAGAAUAGAAAUGUUAGUCCCGGUCCCCAUCGAUACUCGAUACCCAACCCUACUCUGAGCUCCCCCUUUCUUUCACUAAAGAUGUACAGAUGUGUGGUGUGCACACAUAUGUGGGAAUAGUAAAGAUCAGGACACCCAUCCUGAGUAUUAGAUGUUGAACUGACCCUUGCCCUUAACCCUUUGGCACAUUGUAAUUUCUUUGGUUUAGAGCUGUGGUGUGAGGCACUCUGACUACAAGAUAGUAAUUUUGUUUGUUUGGUUGAGCAUGUGUUGAGAGAGACUGUACCAAUUAAAGAAUCUAUGGGCUGUGUCCUGCUAUGUAAGUCUAAUGCACACUGUGAUACUGUGGUGUAGAUAUUUACUUUGUAAUAAGGGCACAUACUCUCAGGCUGUGAACCACCUCAGUUGUGCAAACUAUAUAAACCCUCUAGUGCAAAUGGAAAAGUUCAUCUCACAGUUAAAUGAACAAACAUGCAGAAGGUGAAACUUGAAGGAUCAAAAUCUUUUCUGCAAAUGCUCUUUCAGAGUCUGACGGCACUUUAAAUCGAGCUGAACACAAAUCCAGCACAGCACCAUGCAAACAAUGUGUUUUAGUCAAAUAUUUGUAUAUGUCGGUGUCUGUGUGGGAGGAUUUGUAAUUGCUGUAAUUGUCCCAUAUUCUUUGCUCUGCAAAGCAUUCCUCAUGAAUUUCAUCAUAGUGAACUCAGCCGCACUGAUUUGAAUAUGAUGUAAAACUCAGAGAGCUCAAACUUGCACAGAUUGUCAUUAUGCUCCAAAAGUAAUCCAUUAUACCUGAUGCAUAUUUCAUAUUUAGAAAAGUGUUAUUUGUUCCAGGUAUUUGAUCUGUUAAAUUCUAUGUUGAAGUUAAUAUGUUUUUAAUUUUCAAUAAACUUCUACAUCAACCUGAUAAUACUUUUGAGUGCAGAUGACACACUUUGAAAUGUAAAUUUUGAUGGUUAUCCACCAAACCACACAUGCAGAAGUUUAUUGAAUUAGAAAAUCCAACCAAGAAGUAAGUUUAUAUUAAAAUAUUACAGGCGAACAACUUUUUAAAAUUUGAUAAUUUUUUUUAUUCCAGUUAAUCCUCAUUUGGGAUUUAGUUAAAUGCUGUACUGACUGACUUCAACAUUUGAUGAUGUAAAUGCUGUGCAGCUCAAUCAGAAGCGUCUGAAACCACAAUGUAGAACAAAGCUUCAGGCGCUCAUUCUUUGAAAUGCAGGGUUUAUUUUGACUUUCCUCAAGAAAUAUGCAGGAGCACAUGUGCAAAAUGUGCAGUACAUUUCAGUCAAGUGCAGAUCAGCUGCACCUGCAUGCAAGUUCAGAGGUGGUAGUGCAUCCUUUAGUAAUCUGGUGAUGUUUUCAGCUUGCCCCCCUUAACCAUUUGGUUGUUAACUUAUAAGGUGAAAUGUUUAUUCACAAGCUGAACAGUUAUUUUCCAUUAUGGUAUGAUAAAUAAAAAGCUAGAUGUCAUUAUCCUCAAAUGUAGACUCAAUUUAAAGCCACUUAUUAGAGCCAGAAUCAAGUUCUGUACAAGUGAUUGAGAUGGGCUUUCAGCUUUUUUGGCUGGUGCACUUUCAUAUUUCUGUCAUGGAGAAAAACUUACUGAAUGUCUCAAUAAUCACUCACCGGUCAGCAGUAUUGCAUUACAAAUUGUGCAGCACAGCAGAGAAGGUGCUGUCUUAGAAGACAAGUAUGAAAUUUGGCCCAGAGAAUUGGGUUCAUGUAAUACAAUUGAGCACUUUUCAACUGAAAGUUGUGGACAAAAUUAAAAUGUUACAUGCUCACCUUUUUUUUUUUUUUUUGAUGCAAAUUCAGCCUGUGGAGAGAUGGUUCAUAUGAGACAGCUGUCACAGUCUGUUUGUGUUGCAUGAUGAGCGCCCGCCCAUCUUGGUUACAGCAUGAUUUGAUAAGGUUGAUAUGUUGUUGCAGAAUUUGUUUUGAUAAUGUAAGGAUAAAAAGAGUGUGAGAUUUUGAUUUGAAGGUAUGUGUCUAAUAAAGACCUGAUACAGGACUGUUACCCUCUGUGGUAAAGCUAAAGAAGGUUGUGAUAAGAUUUGAGGAUUUAUGGUACUUUUAAAGAUGUGAAAGUUGGACAUUUUACCUUUAUCUUGAAACCUAAAUGUAACUUUGCAAAAGGUGAAAGUCUGUUCCUUGAACUAACACGUGACACAUAAACACAAAGUCCUGCAGCUUGUACCCUCAUGUGACAGUAAUUUUUUAUCAUAAGCGACACACACUGAACGCAGCACGGACUGACCCCAUCAGGGAAAUGUCACUGCACACACACACAAACAAUCUCAUGGAGUCAGAGUUGGCACGCCACAGUUUGACCCCCGAAUGAAAUCACACACACACACAUACCCACACAUAUGCACACAAACACACUCCUCCCUAAAAUUUCCUGAGCAAAAAAUAAAAAUCACAGUGAGGGCAGCAAAGGAACACAGAAACAGUGGACCAAGUCAUCCUUUCCAAAACAGCUGGGAGCAACGAACGCUCAGCCCAGAAACACUGGAAAAAGGUUUCAGAGCGAGCCGGAAAAACUGUGCACUUUGCUUUGCUCUGUAAAUGGCUGAGAGACAUUUUGAUUAGCUACUGGCUUCACCCCCCCACCCCUGCUUCAGUGUGCAGGAAUCAAGUGUAACGACACACUUUACAACCUUAAAUACGGAUUAAUUGUUCACCAAAUCAGUGUGGACCACAGAACGGACAGUAAGAAGUGGAUUUUAUUUGAAGUCAUGAAUGUGAAGAUGGUAACAUUAAAGAAGACUUUCAUCCCAGCAUGUAAUGACAAGUGCUGCGCUUCCCCCAGUGAGGGAUUUGAACAUGUGUGGUAGGUAAUGUAAUGUGCACUAAUGGGGGUGCUUUAGCUGGGUGAUGAACACGGUGACUUUUAAUCUGCAGCCCUGUGAGGAGGGGAGGGAGGUCGUCGCUCCUGUAGGAGACACUCUGAAUAGAUCAGACCUACUCUCUGCAUCCUGCAUCCUAAUGAGAGCAACGCAGCAUCUUUGGACAGUUUGAGUGGGAGGGCGAGGUGGGAGACAGAUCCAGAGUGGAGGGGGCUGCAGAAUAUCCUAUUUGUUAGGGAUGAGUGGUGAUAAAAUGUGGAACGCCGAAUGCUCCGGUUUAAGAAACCUCAUCAGCCUGUUUGCUAAAAAUAAGCUCUUAUUGUGACAUUGCUCCAAAUAAGAAAAAAAAAUAAUAAACUGUUUGUUUUUGUAAAAAUAGACCCAAAAUGUGAGCUGAAGUGUUAGGCUGUCAUUGAAUCACAAUAAGAAGCUUACUAAAUAAACAGGGAGGAAAUGAGGAGGAGUUUCUGUCUAAUUAAUAUUUUAUCUCACAAUCAUAAGCUCAAUUGACCUUCUGUACAUUGAGGAGUACAAAAUGACAGAUUAGCUUAAGUGUAAACAAGUCAUUACAGGACAUCAAAUGUGCUUUUACUAAAUUAUGGAUAUAUUAUGUUUACAAGUUACAACAAACACAUUUAAAUAUGAUUAAACCAGGGAGAGAAACACGGUGGAGCAGCUGUCUGACAGUCAUGAUUAUUUAAUGUUCAAGAAAUAUUGACAAGUGUAUGAUCGUCUAUUUCCUUUUUGAAAUACCAUCUAAUACCAUGCGCUCUAUUUUCGUGCCCGCCUGUGACGUGGCGGAUGGUGGCGGACCCCACGCAGUAGUUUUUUCGUCUGGCAGAGCCCGGCGCACAGCCGGUUUGGUAUUUUCGUAGACUGAGGCGUGCCGAGGUCCGCAAAGCAGGACGUGAAUGCGUGGUAGGGGGAGUUGUCGAAAGAAUCAGCUGGUACAGUGACAUUUUCGUGCUUGCUGCCGGCGUGAAAAGUGCACUGAAAGCUUGCUGAUUCAAACCUGGUCAGUUUUCAGCGCAGGCGAAGCGCAGCUGGUCUAGUGGUUUUUUGGUUGACCGGCGGUGUAGUGCGCAUACAUCACCGAUGCCUCACCGGCAAGUUUCCACAGUGUCAGGCACAUUUCAGUGCAAUAAAUAAUCAUCAACAACCACUUUUCAGUGCAACUAUCUGAAUCAGCACGUACACAUAGAUCUACAUCAAUAUAUUCUGAUCUAUAUCUUAUCUGAUGAGCGCGUUUGGACACUCCACCUGACCGAAUUAACACAGCUUAAACUGCAUUAAAUGAAAUAUGCAGUAAACAGUCGCACAUGAUGAAGUUAAGAUAUUUAAUUCGUCUCCCCGCUUAUCCUCCUUCUUCCUCACGCAGCUUGAUAGGUGUUGUGCCGUAGAAUGUAUCCCUGCCGUAGAAUGCAUCCCCUGCAUCCCAUCCACUCAUUAGUUUCUUACAGUGGAAGAAAUAUGAUCUCAUAUUUAAAAAAACACGAGUAUUGGAUCAUGACAACAUGUCAAAUGGAGCAGCUAACUCUUGUUCUGUUUUUAGGUAUUUAAAAAAUGCACAUACAGAGGUGUACUUGGGUAUAUAAACUGUACAGUAAGCUGUUAUGGUAGAGAACAUUAUAUUUUCGGGGCAGCAAAUAUUCAGAAUCAGAGGGCUAUUGAUUUCGGCUUAUCUGAAUAGCCCGAAUGAAAUCAUUAAAGGCACAUGCUUUUGAAUCUAUCCAACAGUAAGGAAAACUUGGAUUAUUUCUCCUUGUUGUGUACUUUCAACCGCUCCCCGCAGGGGUGCAUUCUACAGCAAGGGUGCAUUCUAUGGCACAACACCUGUCUCCGUGUCCUCUCUCUCCAUCCUGCUGCUGCUGCGGUGGCACGGCUAACCAGAUGAUUUAUUUUAACGAUCAGAUGAGUUAUUUACUUAGAAUUUUUAACAAAAAAGAAAAGAAAAGAAACUUUCACUCAAAAUUACCUAUUUAUCUGAUUUUCUCACAUCCUUAAAAUUCUGUCAAUAUUCAAUCCGGAGUCAGGCCCAUGUACGAAUAUUAUAUUAUUCAGUUUUGUGAGCCAAAUUUAUUUUAUAUGCCAACAUCUAUGAAAGAAAGAGCCAGGCCACGGAGCACGAUGCGUCAUUUACGCACAGGUGGUUCCAAUUUUAAUGCCAUUUUUGGAGUUAAUGUUGUGAUCUGUGCGCUCAACCCACCUUUGUCAAGUGGGGUUUAAAUAUAUGCAACUCUAUGUGAGGGUCUUUAUUUGUGGAAAAGGGUGUUUGUCUUACCGAUGGGUAGUGGUACAACCUUACUCACACCAAAUCCCUCUGUGCUUAUAUGAGACAAUGUGGAGCGCGCCCUCCGCAGCGCUGUCGCCAUCCUGUGGCAUUGCUGUCUGCAGCCAUCUCUUGAUCUCUUCGAUUACGAAAAUUGUAAUACCCCUAGCUGGUCGCGGAUUUAAAGGCGAGGAGAGGAGCUGAUGUUAUUGGUCAAUGCAGGUCUCAGCUGUGUUAAACCCAUUCCACGCCUUCUCUCCUCCCUUAUGACUUAUGCCGCUGGGAGGAGCUGAGUUAGGGAGGGGGGAUACUUACGCCUGGCUGCACCACUCACCAAAAAAUACCAAAAUGUGCUUGGGAACGCCUUGUCAGCGCAGCAGACCUGACUUACACUGCUAUUGCGCCACAACGCCAGCGAGGCACGAAAAUAGAGCCCCAUAUCUCCUGGGAUUUCUAAAUGAAAAGGACUUGAAAAGCAGAUUGGUUUGCUAAUUUUGACAAAAUGAAAUAAUCUUUUAAAAACUAUAAGUGGGUGGAGGAAAUCAUCCCCUGAUUAUUGAACCACAUUAAAUGAGACCCACGAUCUCCAUGUUAGAUCACACGGUGACAAACAACUUGAAGAAGUGUUUAUUUUUGUAAAUUAUUUCCAGUCAGUCAUGAGGAACAAACUAAAAGGUUGAAAAAAAAACAACAACUCUGACUCCACAUUCAGACCCAAUCACUAGUUUCUUCGCCAGUUGUGUAUUUGACCAAAUCUAAUAUAAAAAAGUUUUAAAAUGGUCCAACUAACAAGCUGACAAAUAAUCUUGGAGACAGAUACACUCCAGUUAGUUGGUUCUGGCAUUAGAAUAUCAGUACCGUUUUUUUCCUAUGAAAGAUUAUUGCUGUUCUCGAACUCUGGAUAGCAGCUCUAAACCUUUUCUCUAUCUAAAAAAAGAAGACUGUCUGAGGUGGCUUUUUAUGCCUUUAUUGACAGGAUAGGACAUUGGACAGAGUAGCGAACUUGGAAGAAACAGCAGCUCCUGACAUGGAAGAGAGUGGUGAAUGACAUGCAGCCAAGGCCACAGGCUUUUGAACCCGGGUCGCCCACUUCAGAGACAAUAGCUUCUGCUCUGGGUGUGAUUUUUAACCACUGAGUUAAACUGGCAGUCUGUUUGAAAAGGAAAAGGAGGGUACAGCAUCAGAAACCUGCACUUUGUCUUGUAGAUAGUUGUGUUGUGUGUCUGCUGCUGGGAUUUACAGCAUGCAGCUGAUGGAGUCUUCUGCCUUUUUCACAACAAAGUUGGAUUGUAUCAUGUUUGGCUGUUCGAGUAAAACAGACUGAGACAUUUAGUUAAAAAAAGAAAAAAAAGACUUCCUACACAUGAUCAAGUUUAACAAAAAGAUCAUAAACCUUUUCAUCUAAAGCGGUGCCAGUGUUGACGCAAACCAAGAGUUCCUUACAUGAGCUGUAGUUCAAUCAAUUUCACAGCUCCUGUGAGCUGUUUUGUGAUGUUCAAAUAUACUGAAAUUCAUAUUUUUGCCCUUAUAUGAUAAAGAAAAGCAAAUCAGACCAUCAGCAACAUGACUGAUUAGUCUUUAGUUGUAGUUUGUUAUACCUCCAACUGAUGUGAAAGGGUAGGUGUCAGCUGAGAAGCUUUACAAUAAUUAUACAUUUGACAGGGAAACUUCCAGAGAAUGUAAAGGGCAAGAUAAGCAAAGACUGCUUUCUCCACAUGGGGGCAGCAGAAUUGACACAAACCGAAUGUUUCCCACAGGAGCUUUAAUAAGUCUACUCUCUGAGUGGUUAAAACAGAAAUCUAAAUUCCAACCAACUGACUGACUAGUCUUAAGGUGUAAAAACAAUCAGAAAGCAGUAUACAUUAAGCACUUUUUGUUUGACGUGGCUUAACAAAGGAUUGGAUGAGGAUUGGAUUAGCACUGUCAUCUCACGCUAAGAAGGUCCUGGGUUCAAAUCCAGGUCAGGGCAUUUCUGUGUGGAGUUUACAUGUUCUGUCCACAUCCCAAAAACAUGCAGAAGUUGGAUUAGGUUAAUUGGUCACUUUCAAAUUGCCCGUAGGUGUGACUGUGAGUGUGGAUGGUUGUUCGUCUCUACAUAUCAGCCCUAUGAUGAACUGGUGACUUGUCCAGGGUGUCCCCUGCCUUCGCCCCAAGAUGCUGGGAUAGGCUCCAGCCCCCCCACAAUGCCCAAUGGGACAAGGGGAUAGAAAAUGGAUGAAAAACAAUGUUACAAAAGUCCAAUGAUGAAAUCUUUGACAUUUUUCUUUUCUUCUCAUAUAAAAUGUUUUUUCAGUUGCAACAGUGGAUGGCGCCCAUAUGCGGUAACAGGUUAAUAUACAGCUGCUGACGUGAAUUUUGUGUGCUUUGUAGGAUGCACAAGAGUGCAUUCUCUGCACAGGCUCUUCAUUGUAAAGUAAACCAAAUCUCCGGGUGCAGAUAAAUGUAGCUUCAUGUUUCUCUGUGCAACAUCACAUCCCUGCAGACGUACAUAUCUCUCCUUCAGGCCUUAUACUGUCAGCUUGUUUUGUCUAUAAUAACUCCGAACCACAUCCAGCACCCCCCCCCCCCCCCCAUUCCCCAGCUGGUACCAACCACUUAAUGAUAUCAGCAAUAAAACACAGAUUGAGUCAAUAGGUAGGGAGACUUAAAUGUGUUUCUACAUAAAAGUACAAUGUGGGGAAAUCACUAUGUGCAAUAUCAGGGAGAGGAAAAAUCAAUACUAAGCACAAUGGUAGUGUUUUCACCUGAAUCAGGUGGCCUGCUGGCAUAACACACCCCUGUCCUGAAAUCCCUGUCUGCAUGAGGGUUUGGGUUGUUAGGGGGGCUUAUUGACUGAUACCAUUGAUCAACCUGCGCUUACGUCUAAUGUCUGUGAAUAUUUCAAUAACCUGGGGGGCUCCUUCCCCCUUAGAGCCAGACAUGAAUCAGGUAUUACUGAAACAACACAAAGGACGUUAGUAGGCUAUUAGUCACACUGCUUAUAGUACGUAAGUGUGUGUUUUUGUGUGUAUGUGUGUGGGCAGGUGACGUCAGGGCCCCAUUCACCAGCAAGGCCAGUGCUUGUCCGGCUUUUCUUUCAGUCCCGAGGGAGGGUGGGUGCGGAGGAGGUAGGCGGAGGAAAUAGAGAUGAGGAAGUGGGUGAGUGCGGGGCUUCCUUUCUCUCUCUCCCUCACAAAACGACACAGCGGCACCCCCCUCCUCAUCGUUCCCCCAUUUAACAACCCUUCACAAGCAGCUUCUGUCACAGCCUGGUAUUCCCACCCCCCUCCAGGAUCAUUAGAAAAAGAAAACCCUCUGCGUGACUCUGCAGAAAAAUAAAUCUGCUUUUUUGUUGUUUUCCAUUAAACCGGGCCUUCUGCAUCCCGCUGCAGAAUUUCUCCCUUAUUCAUUUUUUUAAAAGCCCUCCUAGUCUUUCAUCCUAAAGUCAAUUUCCCUCGCCGGUUAGUCCCAUGCUUUAAAUGUUUAUAAGUGCCUGUGAAGAGGGGAAGCCUAAGUGUGAUAGACUACCCUGGGACUCAGACAGGGCUGAGUGUGAAGGAAAAAUGAGGCCUGAAAGGCAGAAUGGGCUGAAAAUGAACGCAGACUGUGGACAGUCUGGAUGGGAUUAUAAUAGGCUGAAUAUGUAGAAACUGUCUCCAUGGCAGGAUUACUGCACUAUCUGACAUGACUACAGAGGGAACAAAUGAAACGUGUUUUAUUAUUUAAAAUUGUGAGCAGCACACUGUUUUUAGCUUAGGUGGCAUGGUUUUAUAUUCAGCCUGGCCUCUGCACGCUGUAUGUUAUUCUGCAUGAGUGACUUUUUUCCCAGGUUGGGACGAAAACAAGAGAUCGCAUGCUGAGUUGGGAGAGGCUGCCAAGUACAAAUUUAGAGGUUGUUUUAUGUUAACUAGCAAACAUUAAGGGUAUCAUAAGAGCACUGAUUUAUCUUAUUCUAAGGCUGUCUGCUUCAGAUGAGCUUAGGAAACCAGAAAUGAGCAGCUGUAAAAGUUUGAAGUCUCACUUUGGCCCUCUUACUUGAUUUUUGUGAGGUCCCUUUCUUAGCUACUAAAAAGCAGGAGUGAGAUGAGGCUGAUUUGGUUUGGUGCUUUAAUUGUGGUCAAAUGCAGUUCACUGGGGGAGGUCAGCUGUCUUAGGAAAUCUGAAUCACUUUAAGAAAUGAUGAUUUGACCACUGGUAUUUAGAGGACAUUUGUCUGUCGGACUUUUAAAUGAUGAGGAUUUAGGAAACAUCCUUGCUGCUGAAUUUUGCAUGCUAACACUUAGCAUCCACUCGUGUGAAAGGACUGAGCUCUGAGUACUUUAUUUAUACACAUUAAAACUGAGGGCAGCUAAAGGGAAUAUUUUACUCAUACAGUGGUUUAUAGAGCUGUGUGUGAGUGAGAAAGGUCAAAAGUUUUUCUGACUGCUAAAAUGAUCCUGAAACUUUCAAAGGAAAUUCACACACACAGUUUCAUUCAUUAAUUACAGGUAGCUUGGUUCGCACCUUCACAAGACUAUGUCGUGGAAACACUGAAAGCAGUUUUUUUGGUAAGUGCGCUUGGUAGUACAGCCUGAAUCUGAAACUCCAAAUUUAACUGUUAAGUGGGAAAACAUACAGGAUCAGUGUUGAGAGCAUUACAUCAGCGUUCCGUAUUAGCUCCGUUGAGCAGUGCUGUUUAUUGCACACAGGAUGCGUAUUGGGAGCGUAGCAGCGGCAGUGUAGUGCAGCCCUGGUCAGCUGGGUUCAGUAUAGAAACAAUAUGCUCACAACAGGUUGUUUUUCCUUUCUGUUGUCUAUUUCCUGCAAAUUUGGACAUAAUUAAGUGACCGUUGAGCUUCUACUAUAUGUGAAAAAACGUGAUUUUACAGUUUGGGUUUUUGCAGGUUUCCUCGUGUUUAAUACAGUAAACUAUGUUCCUUUAUACUGUGCUGUUACCUCCAGACAGAGUUAUCAGUUAAAAGUCCUGUUGGGGUCCACAUAGAUCAGGGAUUGACCAUCAGAUUGUUCUGUUUUACUGAUAAAUCCACAACCAGGAAGUAUUUCUCAUCUACAUGAACUGAGAAGAAAAUAGACUCAGCGUAUAUAUUUAGCAGAGCUGCGCUCUAUACGCUCCUGAUACGGAGCUGCAACGCAUCCCGUAUACGAUGCUGCAUUGAUUUAAAUGGUAACCUAUUUGCUGCGUGACAGGCAAUGCUUAUGGAACGCGCUCAAUACGGAUCCUGUAUGUUUUAGCCUUUAGACUCAAUGUUUUCAACCAUUCCUGUAAAUUUUCAAGCUAAAGGACCGAAAGGCUAGUACCCCUUUUCUUUUGCUUAAUUCAUGCUCAGCUUGCUCAUGUAGAGACAGCAUUGGCCACUGAAAGUAGCAGUGUUGGUAAUCAAACUGUUUCUCUUAUGACAGAUAGUGUAGCUAAGCUAGAUGUGUAUUUGAUUGUUUAUGUCACUACAACUAUAUAGUAGUAUUAGUAACAUAGAACCUCUAUCUUCCUUUAAAGGACCCUUGACCCUUUAAAAUGAAUUUCAAGUAUUUUUGUUGGAAUCAUGACCAGUAGAUGAUAUUCCCACCUUUUACUAGUGUCGCCUGCAUGUGCAUCUCUGCAGCAGCAGCAUGCUAUGUUUUGAUGGUGUAAAGAGAAGAGGACUUUCAUUGAGUCACAGCUCACUGGCUUAACCCAUGUCUUCUUUACCGUCUGUUACUUCACGUACCUGCAGUCUCUUCUCCUCUGCAGUUUAUCCUUAUUUUUAUGUGCACUUUACAUUUGAGGAGAGCAGGGACUGUACACUGAGUUCAUUUGGCAACAGUGGCGAGGAAGGUUUUCUCUUAGUGGGCAGACUUGGAGUCUGUGGUGAGCAGACAUCAGACAACUAUUUUAAGAAAAUUGCUCCUGAAAAUGCAAAACUUGUUUGUCUGAGUCCUUACAGAAUGUAUUGUUAUUUACAGACACUUCUGAGCUGUGUUGAUCGGGACCUUAGAAAAUGACUCCGUAUCAUCUACUCUGUAUUGUUCCCCAACAUGUCAUUGUCAGGGUGGAUGAUCUUCUGGUGCAUGGGAGGAAAUCCCUUUCCCCUGGGACUUGGCUCCUUAGUGACGCCCAGAAGGUCCAAGACUGUGUCACAUUGUGACUCGACAUCCUCUCAUCUCUUACUGUAAAACUGAAGUGGGCAACAAAGGGACUGGAGGGAAAUGGCAGAGGGUGUUUCAUUGGUAACUGUUGUGAUAUUGAUGCUGUAGAUUAAAGAAGUAAUUUUCCCUUCCUCGUCUUAUUUUUCUCAGAGGGAUUGAGCCAUUUCAGCGCCAAAACUGUGGAUCAAAACACAAGAUGGCAGCAAAAAUCCAGCUGUUGAGUCUGAUUUCAGUCCAGAUAUAGAGCCUCAGACGCUGUUGUUGAUCGAUAUUGGUAUUGAUCAGGAGAUACUUAUCAUAUCACUCAUAUCAGACAUGCUUGACCACACACUGAUUUUUAAUGAAGGGGUAAUUGAUCAAAUUGACGCAGUAAAUUGACAGAGUCAGCAGCUGCCAUGACACAUAAUAACCCUGAUAUAACACUGAUAUCUCCAGCUCUGGCACAUUAGAUAAUUUGACUACCUGCUAUUUGGAAUCAAAUCUAUCUUAUUACUUUGAUUUACCUCCUUGUCUCAGUGAUUUGCGUGUGUGUGUGAGGGCAGACUGACUUAGAGCCUCACAGGCACAACCCUGAUUGCUGAGAUGUCACAGUGAUCAGGAAAGGUCAUGGCUCUAUUCCCAAUGCACACAACGGACAUGAUGAGCUCCACUCUUUUCUCUUUUUUUCUUCAUGGUGGCAGUAUGAGCUGCCAUCUUGGUGUGUGUGGAGCCAUUAUUGAUGGGCCUCCACGCUGAUGUGCAGACAGGACCCUGGAGUGAGGGAGCAUACCCCUGUCUGUUCAUCCGUCAGCACAUCUUUCUCCCAACUCGUUUUUGUAUCAGUUAGAAAAGUUUCCAUCCAGCCAUCUGCUGCAUGGUCCGUGUGCAGUUGGUGUACUUCUCUGAUUUCUGGUGGAGAAAGAAAGAAAAUCCCACGCACCUUACUCUGCUUCUGUUCCCAACCCUCCCUCUUUUAUUACGGCUGUGUGGUCACAGUUGAAGAUGUAGUGAAGGGUAAAAUUAUCCAAACUCAAUUACCCGAACCUUUAGAGGCUGACAUAAAUCUUUAUGAAAUAAAACUCACAGGAAACCUUAUUGCACCAGGGAUCAAAAACACCAAGAUAGGGGUCUUUUAACCUUCAAAUCCACCGAGCCUUUGGCAAGUCAAAAAUUUAAUAUUUCAUAGAAGACAGAAUAUACUGUAUAUGUAAUGUUGUCUUAACAGUGUGGGAAAAUGUUUUAUCCAACUUUGAAGCUGCUCUUUGAAGCUUAGGGGAGAAGCUAAGGGGAACACUGGGAGCACUCUGGGUUGGCGAUUAAAGGGGGAUAAAAGCCUGAAUUACAUUUUUUUUUGUCAUUACAUUUAAAGCAGAAUACCAGAAGCUUUGAAUGUUUCAGCAGCCUUUCAUACUCUCACAUCAUUUUACUGUACAUUUCAUUCCCAUGGCCUCUUAAUUGUGAUUUCCCAUCAUCUAUCUCUCCUUUAUGCUAACCACUUGGCCAUGUACUCACCUAUUCCAACCUGUGCAGCUCAGUCGUCUCUACAUCACUUCAUACAAUAUAUGUGUAAAUACAUAUAUAUAUAUAUGUAUAUAUAUAUAUAUAUAUAUAUAUAUAUAUAUGAUCUAAAUGUAAUUACCAUGUCAGGAGCACCAUUUAAGCUAAGUCAUAUAGUCAAAUUCUUUAUUACUGUCCCCAAAACACAAUGUCAAGGCUUCAUGUUACAUUUACUUAUGUGUAACUGAGGUUAACCAGAUUGUUACGGUAACAGCUGAGCCUUUUAAAAAAGCCUGAAAUGUUCCAAGCAUGUGAGCCAUCAAAUUCCCUCUCUAUUCUUUUGGAUUUAAGCCUGUGUCUUCUGCAUCCUCCUAUUUGAUAAUAAUUAUUUUAGAGCUGUUAAACCUUUAUUUUUAUUUUUUUUGACAGGAAAGAUGCAGAAUAAAUAGACAGGUAGGACAAAACAUUUGGUUAGAAAUGAUCCUAAAUAACUGUAAAGCCAAUUCACAUAAUAAUACUGUGGUUAAAUUGCAUUAACAUCCAGCUGUAUUUAAUAGCAAGAGGUGUUAAAACAUGCAAGCAGCUGAGUGACCAAGACAUCUACCAAAGUGAAGAAAACACACAAAGUAACCACAAAAUGCAGCAGUGGUUAGGGUAGAGAACCUUAUACAUGUGCUGCAGUUAUUUUCUGCAUUUGUUGAGAACGGCAACAGAAAAUGCUACUAUUUUCACUGAACCUUGAAUAGAAAAAAAUUAUAUUUAAUGUGAUUUAUAGCAAUUGGCUAAUGUUAAAACACACAAAUCACUUUUAAGUUAGUUAAAUCAUCUGCAGAUAAAUGCUCAUUGUCAGCAUCUUUGUGUCUUAGUUGGUAGCUGGGUGAACAAUGUAUAGUGAGCAGGUGGUGAUGCCAAAUAGACCUCCUACAGGGUGAGACAGGAUGAGUCUUUGUGUUGGGGUCUUAUUUCCUAUAAUUGCCCACUCACCAUACAUACACUAUCUCUUACAAUAUUUAUAUCAAUAAAAAGCCCCCAGGUGAUACUUAAACAUCUUUAGCUGAUAUAGCUCCAGGGGCUAUUAUUAUUUACCAUAUAUUAAAUGCAUGAGCAUGGAGUAAGCCUUGCACUACCAUACAUCUCUUUGAUCGGUCUACUGUGUGGGUCAUCACUAGGGUCCUACACUUAUGCACAAACUAAACUCAGUGAGUAACCAUGUCCCAAUACGGGGCAUUGCAUUACCACAGCUAUUUGAAGGCUUGAUUUCUGUGCAUCAAAUAUGGCAGACAAAUAUGCAUAUCCCUGAAGGGAAAUUCAAUGGAUGGUGGACAUUGUUAAAUAUUGGUGCUAAGUUUCAACUCGAAGCAAUAAUAAGCAAAACUUGUGUCAAAUAAAAGAAACAUGUUUGCCUAUCUGGGCUAUCACACAAGUGGGAUGUUUUUCAUGUCUAAGAUACUGUGUCCAUUUAGGGUGCUCAUUUGCAAUAACUACACCAACAACUUCAAUUUCCCAGCACCACUCACUGGGUUGUACUACUGCAAGGUUACACAAGUUGCAUCAGCACACUUUCUCUUCCCUUGGUAGUGAGUGUUGAGUCCUUUUUAAACCCCUUUGCAUACUUUAUGUUUACUUUUGCUCAAAGGAAUUUUAUGAAAUCAAGACUUUAAGAAUGAAAAGAAAUCCUGUCCUGGUGUUAACAACAGCGCUAGUGUGGGUACCACUUCUUUAUGAAUUUGAUCAGUCAAUGAGGGGGCAGGGGCAUCGAUGUGUGUUGAACUACUUUCAACUGAGAAAGCUGUAGUGUGCUAACUGCAGAUAAAAACUGAACUUCAUUAGUUUUGUAUGGAAAAUUUGGUACAAAAAAUGCUGUUAGUGGACACAGGCCCUUAUAGAGUCUUCUGUAUUGUGCUUGCUGACUGGACCUUGUCUUAUAUUGAAACAAACAAACAAGCAAAGAAAAAAGCAGGAGUAUUACGAAAACAUUUGAACUUUAAGACUUUCUCUCCCUGUUUGAUUUUUUUAAAGCACAUAUUGUGGUGUGCAAUCUUGAGUACUUGUUGCUAUUAAGACACUGAUCAAAAAAUAGGUUCUUCAGGCCUUUACGCAGCUGAAACUUGCAGUUACACUUUAAAAUAUUAAUUCACCAGAAUGUCAGCUCAGAUUUCAUUUCCCCAUGAAAUCAUCACUCAUCAUCUCUCAGGAAACAUGUCCCUGACCUUUACACCUGUGAUUUGUGGCCACAUUGCAGAUGGAUCAAAGUGUAUUCUUCUUCACUGUAAAUCAGAGUAUGGUCAUCACCAAUACGUUGAAAAACGCACUUUUUGGAGUGUUGAUGUCAUUCACACUCAUGUUCGGUUUGUGCCAUUUGUAUAGGAGUGUGUAUAGGGUGCUAAUGAGGGAGGAGGAGGCGGAGGAUUGGUGGGAUACAGCUGGACAGAGCGGGAGACUGUGGUGAAUAGGUAACCAUGGUAACUCUGUUGGCUAAGAUUUGAAUGCAGGGAGAGAAAGAGAGCGAGAGAGCAAAAAGGGGGAAAGGAAGCUGCAGUGUGUUUGUGUGUUCAGUACUAAGAGAAUGAGAGAGGGUAAAGGGUUAAAAUGCAUCAUUGAAGAAGGUUAAUCUUUCAUCAAAUCGUAAGGUCAAUACAGCAUUUAGCCCCCAAACUGGACACUACACAGGAGUGGGGGGCAGCGGUGGUGGAAAUACUGAGGUGAAUGAGGUGUAAGGCAGCUGGUAGGAGAGGAGGGCAGGCAGAGAGGAAAAAAAGUGUUUUACUUUUGUGCUACUUUUACAAGAGGAGAUGGGUGGAGGAAGAUAUCAGGGGACACGGAGAAGAGGAGGAGUCGGAAGAUUCACAGGUAUAGACGUUUGUAACAUUUGAAGAGUGACAGCUGCGAGGCCAAAUACAAUGGACCAGAAUCCAACCAGCUGUCAGCUCUGACUAGGCUCACCUUCCUCUAUGGACUCUCUGCCUCCUCCUCUUCCUCCUCCCUGAAAAACAUUGAAGCUUCUACUCUAACCCCAGCAUCCUCCCCCUCUCUCUCUCUCUCUCUCUCUCUCUCUCUACCUUUUUUUGCACCACUUUUGACUCUACCUGAAAUAGCUCUGGCACUUCCUCCACAUUGGCAAAAGAGAAAAAAGGUGGCUGGAAAUUAAAAUACAUAAAAAAGGUGAGAGUCAAUCCAAAAAUAACAUGAGUGCCUCAUUUGUCAAGAACAAAGAGGAGGAACAGUUGCAUUGCUACCAGGUGCUGCACUUGAAGUUGUUGCAGCUACAGCUCUAAGACUUGCAUAUAAUGCAGUUGUAAGUAUUUCAGUUGGAGUUGUUACAGUUUCAGGUGCAACUGUUGCAGUUGUUUAUGUAGCAAUUGAUGCAGUAGUAGCUGUUGCAAAAAAUUUUAGAUUGCAGUUGGUGUUGUAGUUUCAGUUGCAGAUGUUUAGGCUGUGGUUGCUGGCAAAGUUGUUGCAGUUCUGUUUUUUUAAAUAGAAUUUUUUGUUUGUUUUUUGCAUGUGUUGCUUUUGCUAUUACAUGUAUUUCAGUUCAGAUGUAGCAACAGUUGUUGUGGUGCCAAUUGGUGCAGUUGUCACUGUUGCAGCUGUUUUUCUUAGCAAAUGUUGCAUGUUGUGCUUUGUCAGUUGGAAUGGUAGCUAACUGUAUGGAUGCAGUUCUAUAGUUGCAGGUGCAGCUGUUGCAGUGUCAGUUGCUUAAGUUGAACUUGUGACAGAAACUGCUUGUUUAGUACUCAUUGUUGCAGUUAGUAUUGCUGAGGUUCCAUCACAGGUUGCUGUUGUUAGAGUUGCUGCAGCUCCUGUGAUUACAGUUGUUUAGUUGUUGUGUUAACUAGUGGUUGUUGCAGUUGCAGUUGUUGCAACAUGACAGAUAUGGCAGUUUAAGUUGCUGCAUAUGGAGUCAUGGCAGUCCCAGUUUAAGUUGUGGUGUCUACAGGCCUUAGCAGCAAUUUGAGUUGCAGUUGUUCCAAUUGUUGUAGUGACAGCGGUUUCACUCGCAGAUCUAGUUGCUGGUGGGGUUGUUUUAGUUGUUGCUUCAACUGCAGUUGCAGGAGCAGCCUCUUGGUUGGGGUUGUUGCAGUUGUUGCUGGUGAUGUCCUGUCCUGUUGGACCAGAGAUUCUGCCUUCGAUAUGAUUUAUCAUAGUGUCCUUGUGUGUGUUUUAAUGUCAUUAAACCACUGCAUAGGCAUUAUUGAUCAAUCUCACCCCCGCCUCUCCUCUCCUCCCGCUACAUCUCCACCUGUUUCAUAUUCAUCCCCCUGUAUUGUCUCUUUGCCUCCAUCUCCCUGCUGCUCUCUGUUUUAUAUGCGUCUCUGUGUUGUCAUUCCCCUCCCUCCAUCUCUGUCUGUUUUAUAUUCAUCUCUCUAUUGAGCCCUCCCUUCUCCCAUCUUUCUUUCUCACUGAGCGAGAGAUUAUUAAUAUUAAUGUGUCUCUUCUUCUUCUUCUUCUUCUUCUUCUUUUCCCCCUCCUUAUUUCCCCCCUUCACUCUUUUUUGUCUUUCCCUUACUACUGAGCUCUUCUUCCCACUAUUUAUACCUCUCUGGGUCCUCACCCCUCAUCAUCCUUUUCACUCAACCUUCCCUCCAUCUGUCUUCAUCUCUAUCUCUUCUUUCUCUUUCUUCGGCCGGCUCUCUGCAGCUGUUCAGUAUUCAUCUAUUACUGUAGUGUUGAUAAUUCCCUUCUCUGCCUGCAGCCAUACAGUCAUCUAUCAGAUUAAUAAUCCUCCUCUCCUUCUCAUUCUCUUCCCCUCUUCUUGUCUCCUUUCUUACUGUGCCAAGUGAGGAUGCUCGGCGUGUCAAAUGAGUGUGCGUGUCAGAGUCCCAUCAUUACAACCAUCAUCAUUAAUAACCACAUUGAGAUUGCUGGAUGCCCUUAUUAAGGCUGGUCAGGUCUAAAUAACCUGCAGAGGGAACAGAAAAUGCCAGAGCCUGACUUCAGCUGGCCAUCUAUUAGUGUUAAUGCAGACUGCACCAUUCAUUCGCUACCAUUCUGCAGACCCUAGAGCAUGCAACGCUGCAUUCGUGCAGGAACAGAAUUAACAACAAAAAGUGUUGAUGCACUCUUGGUUUACAGGUUUAGAGGCUUAUGUUGAUAAACCCAAAUCCUGAUGAUUGGGGUCCCCACAGGCCUGAGAAAUGGACUUUCUUUUUUUUUGAUUUUUUUAUGACUUAUUUAAACAAUUUUUGGCAGUGUCAUGGUGAGGGACUUGAUUCAGAAGAAAUUUUGGCAAGAAAAGAGAAGGAGAUGGUGUGCAUCAAAUACUGUGUAGACCGGGAACUGAUCCUAUCACCACUGCGGCCUCUGCACAUGGUGGGUCUUUCCCACCUACACCCUUUCUCGUCUGUCUUUUGCUGCAAAUUGUAGAUUUUGUGAACUGUACUUCAGUUUCUUGUGUGUCUGUGUCUGCAAAUUUGUGUUUUUUGCUGCUAACUGUUUUGGCCAGGUCUCCCAAAAGAGAUUUUUAUCUAAGUGUGACCAACCCAGCUGAAUAAAGGUCAAAUAAAGGUUGAAAAGAAAAAGAAAGUAAAUCAAUACCAUAGCUUCAUGUGGAAACUUGAGGAACAGCAGAUUCAAUCUUCAACACCGGGGCAGCCACUUGGUCACAAAAAUCUAAAUAAGAAAUAUAAGACAAUAAAAAUAACACUGACGUGCCGCUCGUUCUGUCUUUAGAGUAAAGGGUAUUAUGCAUAGAGUUUUAGUCUGUUUCAUGUGCCACAAACUGACAGGCAGGAUACAGGAGCUCAAGCAGUCAGCUGAAGGAGACAGAGAUGCAGCAGAAACAAGCGUCAACCUUUUUUUUCUUUCUUUUCUUUUUUUUGCACAAAUUUAUGAGACACCAAAAGGACAUUAUUACUUCACAGCUGCUGAUUAUGAGAAUGAGAGAGAGUAAAUAAAAUGUGAAACAUGAUCAAGUCUUUACCCCACUGGAUUUAAAUUUUAGAAUAGAAUAAAUAUUACAGUUGAUAUAAGAGUUAUACUACUACAUGGAUACAACAAUCAAAAAAAAUAUAAGUAAAAGAAAAAAAUGCUUGUAUGAAGGCUUACAUAACACUAACAUUGCACUUCAAUAAAUAAAUUAAAUGUUAGUAUUAUUUGUUUGAUCUUUGAGGAGCUUCACAUUUUGCCAUCCUGGUUGUUUGCUCCUCUUGUCCUUGCAUGGUCAGUCUCUGCUGCAGGUAAAGGUGCUAAAGUUAGCAUGGUUAAACCCUCAUACAUCAUUGUCUAAUUAAUGGUUUUGGUUUGGUGUAAUUAGUGAUCACAAAUGAAAGGUAUGCUGAAAUGGCUGGAAGCCUCUCUCUCUCUCUCUCUCUCUCUCUCUCUCUCUCUCUCUCUCUCUCUCACACACACACACACACACACACACACACACACACACACACACACACACACACACACACACACACACACACACACACCACUGCACCACUGCUGUUAUUAAUGGUUCUCAGACUGGAGACCACCUGUCUCAUAGACCCUGUUGCUUUAGCACACAGCAGGCUGUUUUUUUUCUACUCCUUUUUUUGAAUGAGGAGGAUGUUUUCACUUUUCUAAACCUGUUUGUAAACAGAAAGAAACAGAAAUGUCUCUUCUACAAAUAGUUAUUAAAUAAUAUUAAACCAAAAAGAGUUGAACUCAUUGGUUUUUGUUGGUGUUUGAUGAACUGUAGUCCAUGUUUGUGAACUUUUUUUUUUUUUUAAUGAAAAGAUGCAACCUUUUCUUUUGGGGUUUUGGAUAGAAAAUUUUCAUGAUUUUAUGCACAUAGGAUUGUUUCACAUGUAAACAAACAGCCUGAUUAUUUUGUCAUUAUAAAAAAUAUUCUGAAACCCUGGUUUGAUCAUUUCGCAGAAAAUGUAUUUAUGAUGUUUAAAAAAUAAUAUUUAUUUAAUAUUUAAAUAAUUUUAUACAGGAAAAAAAAAUUAAUUAAAUGGUAGAUAAAUGUUGAUGGUUGAACAGUAAAGAAAAAUAAGUUUUCCAUAAAAACUGUGUAAUUCGAACAGUUUAAAACAAAUAAUAAUCUCCUUUAAAAAAUUAUUUCUGAGCAGCUGUGGGCACAUUCAAUAUAUGUGACACUGCUGGUGUAUGGCUUCCUUUAAUCUAACAUAUUGUCUCUCUUUUUCACCUGUGUGCCUUAAAGGGUGCACAGUAGAAAAAAAUGAGAAGGUUUGAGUACAGAUAAAUUUGUACCUGUUCACAACUUCCCUUGACAAACUAACUUUAGUUCUCAGCUCAUAUUUACAUUUAGUUUAAUCAAUUUUGUGUUUUCAUGUUAUUUAUGAGCAUAAUGUAAACAAAGCCUCGACACUGUAAGGCAAUGGCAGCUCUGUGUCUUAUAUAAUUUUACAUGCUGUAACAUAUUUGGUUCUCUCUUUUCAUCAGAUAUAUCCUUCUGAAUUAUUAUCUAAUUUAACCUGAGAUGAUAAACAAAAAAUACUUAACUAUCAUAACUUUAUCCGUUUCAUUUUUUGUUUAAACCUUUUUGCAAACAACCACUCCCGCAUCACAUAUCCCUUGGUCAAUCUUUGUAUUAAAUUGUUUAUUACCUGUAUGCACUUGUGAAUUUCAUACCAAAUGUGUGUGUGACAGAGCUGAUCUGUUUAUACUUUAAAUACUUUGAUUGUGUGUUUGAGUAUGUGUGUGAAUCCCAGUCUCAGUAUUUGUUAUGAAUGGUAAAUAUACACUGUCCGUACAUAAGUACUGUACAUAUUCAUAAAUAGUGUAGAUGCACUAAAGCGUGCAUUUUCAUUCUUAGAUGCAAGUAUUUUAACAAAACUCAUUUGAUCAGUGAUAUGUUGCAACCAGAGGAUUAUCAGCUCAGAGGGUAGCUGCCCCAAUGCAGCGACUGUACUCUGUGUACGUCAAAUACAUGUUCAACAAAACAUCAGUUUCCUUCAAACUGUUAGCCCUCAAGUUCACAGAUAUUCAUUUCUCCCAUCAGGUUUGUGACAUGAAACAGCAACCUGCCUUUCGAGCCUGCUCCUCUGCUCCUCCCUGGUUUGGCGUGGAUGUUUCUUUGUAGGAAACAGGAAAUGAUGUUUGACUCUUGCUAAGAUGCGCUUCAAGUAUUUAAUUGUUGUCCAAUCACAAGUAGUACAGUCAUUUCUGUUUUCAGAGACUUUCUGCAGCAAAAUAUAUCAGUCAGAAAAAUAUUUUUCCAUUUUCCAAGUUAUUUUUAUAUUUUCAAAUGUUAUUCAUUUCAGAAAUAAUUAUAUUUUUCCAAAUACAUCAUUUUUUUGUGUGUUUUCUAAUAUCUCUUGUGUUAAUAUGACAUAUUCUCAUGUUUUGUAAUGUGUUUUUAAAUACUUUUUUUUGUAUUCAAUGAAAAUUUUUAUUUUUAUUUUAUUUAAAUUUUUCGCCUUUCCAAAAUAUUUGGUUCAUCAGGGUCACCCUACAUUGUACUGUUUUCAAAUUGUAUUUAGGUUUUAAAACAGUUUAUAUGUAUUUUUUGUUAUUUUUCUAUAUAUAUAACUUUACAUUUCUGUGAAAUUCAUAUUCAAUAUUUUUUAUCCUCAUAAGAAAACAUUUGUGCUUUUGUAAAAUCUUUUCAGGUUUUAUGAUUCUUUUUCCUGUUUCAUUAAAUGUUUUUUGUGUUUUGACCCUCAGGACCACUGUACAUUGGAUACAUUCAUCUGUAUAUGUUUAAUGUGGCUGCACACACACACCUGCUUUCAGUCAUUUUUUCUUAACUCACUGCACUGUUUGUAUUACAUUUAUUCCCAUAUUAAUGUUUUAUUUCUUCUCUCUUUACAUUGAAUUAACACAUCUUUUUUAUUUCUUCUUGACACAUUUCCUCAUUUACACAUUUUUGCUUGUACAAUGUUUUGAGGAAGUAAAGUAUUAAGUUGACCGUUUUCACAUAAGCAAUCUGUCCCAAAACUAAAUACAAAAAAAGCCUUUAAAAUUUUUGCAGUGAACCUUUAUUGUGUGUUGUAGUUAGUAUGUUGAUCUGGUUUUGAAGUUUGUGUGCUCUCAGUGAUGUUCUCCUACUUUUGAUCACAAGUUUCUAUGUUUUCUAAAGACCUUCCUGAAUGCUUAAUUAGGCAGAAUCUCUUCCUGCUGCCCUUGGUGAGAGGAUUUGAUCGGUAACAAAAUAUCUGCUGAGGGAUUAUGUGGGAUUUGAAGUGAGCAGUGACACAGAAGUUCUGAUGCUACUUAGAUUUUUUUCCCACAAUCCCUCCAAUGAUAAGCUAUACUGUAGAUGUCUGCCUCUUAUUUGUUCAGUUCAUUCUCUCUUGGUGAAUACACGGAUGGCAGUCUGUGUUCUGUCUCUAAUAUCUCUCUCUCCCUGUCUCUCUUUUGUUCUCUCGCAGUCACUCCUGGGUUCCUCUAACUUCAAAAAAAGCAUCGCUCAAAUCCCCAGACAGCUCCAGAGAAAAAGGGAAUAACAUCUGUUUAUCUGCAUAUUUCUAUGUUCAAAACACAAGAGGAGAAAACACAGAGAUCGACAGAGGACACAAAUCAUCUCAGAGGAUGCAGAAUUAGAAAGAACAAAUUGUCGCUGGAGGACCAAAGGAAGGAUAAACCUUUUCUCGCUCGUCCACAAGUGUGGAGUCCGCUCACCUGUACCUCCGGAUUAAAGAGCAGGGUCAUGUCCCAGUUGCCAUGCGCAUCACCACGCUGACCUGCCUCCCCGGCCCCUCCCCCUUCCUCUUUCUAUUGGCCCAGCUGCUACUGCGGCUCCUCCUCCCUGGGCCGGAGUUGGUGGGAGCCGCCUCCUCCUGCCCCUCCCACUGCACCUGCUCCAACCAGGCCAGCCGAGUCAUUUGCACGCGGCAGAACCUUGAGGAGGUGCCUGAGAGCAUCUCAGUGAACACACGAUACCUCAACUUGCAGGAGAACUCCAUACAGGUGAGUAUUCAGGCCUCAUCGGUUUUUACAUGGCAAAGUUUAUGAACUGAUCCUUCUGUUCCCCCUAAAAUUCCAAAGUUAUAUAUUAUUUGUUGUUUUGGACUGUUACAAAUGGCUUUAUGGUUUUCCUAGAAAAGGGUGAUUGCACUCUGGUUUUUAUUUUUAUUAUGAAAGACUGAAAGUUAUUUAUAUCAAAGUCUUAAAAUCCUAAUCCUAUGUAGGUUGAAAUUGUGGAGUAUUUGAAAAAUACCCCCCCCCCCCCCCUUUCCCAAGUUAAAGACAGCAGGUGGAUGCAGCGUGAAUGUAUUUAUGACAGAGGUUAAAGCAAUGCAGAGGCAGGAACUGGAAUUCUUGCAGCUUAAAUAGAGUGCCAAAAAAGGAGGAUAUGUCUGUCAUGUGGUUGUGAAAAUGACAUGCAAAACUUACAGCUCCUGGGAGGAACUUUUGGGUUGUAUUAAUUUUGGUGUCCCCUGUAGGCAAAGCUGUCUUUGCUUAUCUUGCCCUUGACAUGCUUAAGUCAUGACUUCUGCCAAAAACCUCAUCCUCCUGACUCAAAUAAACCAUUCAUCAUGAAAUCGUUAAAACAAAAUAUAAAAUAUAUAUAUAUUUUUUUUAAAAUAAAAUUGACAAAAUAUAAAAACCCUCAAUAUUGUCGUUGAUGGUUUUGUUUUCCUAAAAAGGCAUUAACGUGAAUAACAGUUAGUUUCAUAAAGGGAAACAAAAAACAAAAAAACAGGAGCUUUAAAGGUAGUUUGGGGAGUCAUUUUAUGUUGUGAUGAUUCUGAUGACCCUUUUGGAUUAAUGUUUUUCUGGGAUGAAGAUUGCAUUUCUUAUGAGCACCGUUAACCAAAGAUGUAACUUUUGCCAAAUUGUGCGUUAGUUGUGAAGGCACAUGAAUAGAUACAGAUCAUGUUUUAAUGCAACUUCAAGUUUUUGCAGGAUGCAGAGUGAGGAGCUAGUAUAAGUCUGUAAGUGCGGUGUAAGUCUGGUCCGCUGCGCAGACAAUGCGUGCCCAAGCACAUUUUGGUAUUUUGGUGAGCGGCGCAGUCCGACGUAAGUAUCUCCCCUUCAGCUCCUCCCAGCGGCAUAAGUCGUAGAGAGAGAGGAGAGAGGGCGUGAAGUGGGUUUAACACAGCCGAGACCUGUUUUCGUGAAUCAUAUCAGCUCCCCCCCUCACCUUUAAAUCCGCCACCGGCGAGGCAUAGUACAACUUUCGUGCAUUAGUCAAAGAGAUCAAGGGAUGUCUGAAGGCAGCAAUGCCACAUGAUGGCGACAGAAGGCAGCUCCUCAACAAGUGUCGCUGUAAGCGCUGCAGAGGGCAUCCUGCACACUCUCUCAAAUAAGCACAGAUGGAUUUGGUGUGUGUAAUGUUGGACCCACUGGUAAGACAAACACCCGUUUUCACAAAUAAAGACAAUCACAUAAAAUUGCAUAUAUUUAAACCCCACAUGACAAAGGUGGGUUGUGCGCACAGAUCACAACAUAAAUUCCAGUAAUGCCAUUAAAAUCAGAACUAUCUGUGCGUAAAUGACACAUCGCGCUCCGUGGCCUGGCUCUUUCUUUCAUAGAUGUUGGCAUAUAAUAUAAAUUUGGCUCACAAAACUGAGUAUUAUAAUAUUUGUGUAUGGGCUUAACUCGGGAUUGAAUAUUCACAGAAUUUUAAGGAUGUAAAAUUAUUGGAUAUACGGGUAAUUUUUAAUGAAAGUUUCUUUUAUUUUUUUUGUUCAAAAUUUCUAAGUAAAUAACUCAUCUGAUCACUAAAAUAAAUCAUCUGGUCAGCCUUGCCGCUGUAGCAGCAGCAGGACGGGGAUAGGACAUGUGAGAUGGUUGUGCGCACAAAUUACAACAUAAAUUCCAAUAAUGGCAUUAAAAUCGGAACCACCUGUGCAUAAAAGAAGGCAUCGCGCUCCGGGGCCUGGCUGUUUCUUACAUUGAUGUUGGCAUAUGAAAUAAAUUUGGCUCACAAAACUGAAUAUUAUAAUAUUUGUAUGUGGGCCUAACUCCGGAUUGAAUUUUCACAGAAUUUUAAGGAUGUGAGGGAAUUAGAUAAAAGGGUUAUUUCAAAUGAAAGUUUCUUUUACUUUUUUGUUCAAAUUUUUGAAGUAAAUAACUCAUCUGAUCACUAAAAUAAAUCAUCUGUUCAGUCUUGCUGCCGCAGCAUCAGGAUGAGGAGAGGACAUGGAGACAUGUCCGAGUCGAGCUGCGUGAGAAAAAGGAGGAAGGUUGUGUGUCCAAACGUGUGCCAAACGCAGUCAUCAGAUCAGAUAUAGAUCAGACUAUAUCGAUAUAGAUCUAAAUGUAUGUGCUGACUCAGAUUAUUAGUUGUUGAUGAUUAUUUAAUGCAUUGAAAUAUGCCUGAUACUGUUGCAACCUGCCGGUGAGGCAUCUGUGACGUAUGCGCACUACGCCGGUUUACCAAAAUACCACUAGACCAGCUGCGCUCCGCCUGCGCUGAAAGCUGACCAGGUUUGAAUCGGCGAGCUUUCAGCGCACUUUCCAUGCCGUACGCGAGCACGAAAAUGUCACUGCGCCCACUGAUUCUGUCGACACCUCCCCCUGCCUCGCCACCACAUCCAGCUUGGCAGACCUCGGUGCACCUCAGUCUACGAAAAUACCCAACUGGCUGUGCACCAGGCUCCGCCAGACGAAAAUACCACUGCGCGGGGCACGACACUACGCCGCACCACCGGCGGGCACGAAAAUAGAGCCCAUGAUUUGAAGCCACAUUAAAUGACUCACUGCAAUGUAACAACAAACCUCAGUACACUGCUUUAUUACCUUUACUUAGGAAUGACUGAAUAUUGUACCUCUUACCUGUUACCGUCAUAGUCUCUAUGUCCCUGUAUGCUACCAUGACCCAAGGAAAACCUGAAUAAUGUAAAAAUGCACGUUUGAAGUUAGUUUCCUCAAAGAGCAGCGCAGCAUUCCCACCAAAGCUGAAACAAUACAUCCUUUGCAUUGACAUUUUGCAAAAAUUGGGGUGAGAUUGCAGAGAUAGAGUCAUGAAAAUUCAUUCCCACAACAGGCCUUUUAUACUGAGGAGCUCAUGAUGAGGAGGUGGUUGUUUUAAAAAAAGUUUAAAACUCCUGAUAGUAUUGGUGUAGGUACCAGAUGUGUUCAGGCUGCCAGAUCAGCUCGGGGCCCAGCACCUGUUGAAGACGUCACACUACUGCAAGUCCACUAGGACAAACUACAUUGCGCUACAUUUGAUAAGUUCAGUGUGCUCGGUUAAAAGCCCCUCGUGGUUUUCUUUAUUUCUGUUUCUUCAUUCAAUUGACCUCGAAAUUUUCUAUCCAUAUAAUACAGAGAAUUACAAUUUAUUGUACUGUAAUUUUUAGAUGGCUUUAAUUGUUUAUGUUAAUUUUUCUAAAGGAAAAAGAAAAAAAAAUGUACGCAAAAUCUCAGUUUAGCAAUAGAUGGUUUUGAUCUUAUUCCACAUUUCCUUUGGCAAUCUGAAAGAGGCGGCAGUCUGGCUGUCUUAAGUCCCCUUCCAUGUUUUCUCUGAAGAACUACAAUCCCAAUAAAAUCUAAUCCAGCGAAAACCGCUUGUGUAAUGUCUGGACCAACCACAAUCUUCUACAUCAUCCAAAACCAAUUUCCAGCCAAUCAUAUAGCAUGACGUCAUUAAUAGGCGCCGGGCCCCAAGCUGAUCUGGCAGCCCGGACACAUCUGGUACCCACACCGUAAAGUGCAUGAGCCCUGGAUCUGUGUUUGAAGAUUAUAGUACUCAUAUAAAUCCCCAUUAUCAUUUUAGCUAUUGAUGCACUUCUUGAUAGAGAUGGAUAAGAUUCCAUAAAUGAAUUAUACUGUGACAGAAAAUGUACAUGGAGAUAGGGGAGGACGGUAUUUGUCACUUGUGUAUUGUUUUUAUAGCCAGUGGCAGAUGCAGGGAUUAACUUGUUGAUACAGGUAUUCAUUCAGAAACUUUAUUUCUGAGAAAAGACGGUAACUUAGGCAGCAAUAACAGUGGGAAAAAUGAUCCUUAAGCCUCUCCCGCACUGAGGGAAUAUUGAAUGAAUGAAUUGAAAGCAAGGUAUAUUUCCAUGACACUGUGCUGCCUUUUGUAUGCAUUACCAAUUUAUCCAGAGUCCCCAGACAGCAUUUUGUGGCUUUACUGCUGCGAGAGAAGAUCAUUUAACCACAGACCAUCAAUACAAAGCACAUGAAUCUCCACAUUCAUAAACAGAGUGGGCUGAUUUUACUCUUUGCAGCUGCAUUUUAGGUAAUUGGAUCCCUCCUUGUGCUGCUGACAGUGCUUUGUUCUUUUGUGAUUUUAAAUUAAUUUCUACUACAUCUUAUCUCAUUUAAUGAAAAGCAGCAAAUAUCCUUAACGUUGUUAAAAUUGUCCAGUGCAUCCGUCCAACCCCCCCUGAAUGCCCUCAAAUCCUUGGAGAAAACAUCUUAUUAAACAUUAUGUGAUGUUAAUGGAGCAGAAUUGGGACAUCAUGCCACAUGAUUUGGUUUAGGAGGCUUAAAGAUAUACAGUUCACACAAAAACAUUUUAAAGAAAUAAUAAUAACCAUGAUAAUAAUAAAAAUAUUCAUCCCAUUUCAUUUUUAGCACACAAAUUCCGAUUCAGUUUUUGUUGUAUCCUGCAGCCCGACAUGAAAUGAUUAAAAAUCUAAAACUGUUUUAACACCUGAAGGCAUCCUAGAUUCUGUGGCUUAUUUUUUCCUUCACUGAGUACCCUGAGAGUAAAGCCUUGACAGCUCCCACCCCCUCUUAACAUGCUCCCUCCCCUCCUGCUCCUGCUCUACAUACAGAAGAGGCGAUGGCCUGACUCCAGGAUCCUCUCUGAAUGUCUUGAAGGGGCUCUGGCUGCACAUUUCUCGAACAAUCAGAUAUUUGAGGGGCUUUUAGUCCAGCUCACUAGCUGUGCGUCUUUUUCUUCUCACCAAUUAUGUCCGGUUGGACGCUAGUGGGUGCUGUCCAAGGCCCUAUGCAUCCAUCGUAGUCAGACCCAUAACUUCCCACAGGAAAAUAAACACAAAAUUUUUGACCGUUUGCAAAGUUGAAUUUUAAGGAGGGUCUUUUAAAAAUAUUUAGUUUGACUGAAGUGAAGCACAGAAGAAACAUAUAUUUCACUUUCUCCAUCUCCCUCUCUCCCAUCUCUAAACCCAGCUCAAUCUCAGCAGAUGACUGUCUAACAUAAGUCUGGUUCUGCUCAAGGUUUCUGCCUGUUAAAGGAAGGUCCUUCUAUCCACUGUAACUUGAUAAAUGCUGUAAAGUGUUUCACUCAUGCAGUUGAAGAUGGGAUGGGAGUGGGUCUGAUAUUUCAGAAUGGGGCUCAGUCUGAUCCCAUCCCUACACUAGGUCUUUGUUAGAGUCUGGUCCAGACCAGGUUUUUAAUCAUCUUAAGAUAACACUUGUUGUAAAUUGGUGCUGUAUUAAGAGUGAGUGAGUGAUUGAAAUUACACACAAAAGUUAAACAAAGAAAAGAAAAAAAAAACAAGCUUUCUGCAGCCUCAAUAAUUAAUUAUUUAAUUCAUUAAUUUAUUUAUUUCUUUUGCUAAAAAAUAUGUGUUGAGCGUGCACCUGUCUAUAUUCAUUUCAUUUUAAAAUAUUACUACUUGAGCUGUGAUCACAGCAUCAUAAAUGUUCAGGAUUAUGUAAAAAUAACUGAAGACAGUUGUUGUCUCAUUGUCAGGGCCCACUUGUUUCAUGUACUGUUAUUUUUCUAAACCUUAGCCAGGCAUAUUGACGAAAAAGAUGAAAACACAUCAGGUCUCCCUCUCACCCCUGCAAACACUGGAUUUAGCUCAUCUUUCCCGACACACACCAUUGUCCCUCCAAUGACAUAGAGCCCAUCGAUCAGCUGAUCGACCUAACAACUGGAGGGUGUCGGCCUUAAUAUUUAGACACUUUUUGUUUUAAGUAAUUAAGUGUUGCAGCUCAAUCCUCUGUGGUGGUAUGGAGUGUAAACAGACCAACACUAUUUAUCAGUUUAUUAUCAGAGAAUUACAACAUGUGAGUGGAAAUGUCCCCUGAGUCUUAUUGAAACAGCAGAGUCAAUAGCUCUUGAGUGUCUGGAACAGAUGCUGAAAUAAGACUAGCAGUCAGUGUAUGACAAUGCUUAGAUGUGGCAUAAAGCCAUGUUUUCACAGCUCCUGCGAGGAGCAUUCUGUAUGUGUCAAAUGUGGCGCCCCUUGUCAGUGGUACCUGUCAUCUCUGUUCUGGUCUUAGCCUGAAAAUGUGGAAGUCAUGUUUUUGGAUUAAAAUCUCACACUACUGUUUAAAUAUUCUUUGUGGAAAAGUAAUAUUAAAACAGAUGAAGUUUUUGUUUCCUUUCUUUCCACAUCCUUGCGUAACUCCACGCUGUCACACACUAUCAGCUCUGUCAGCUCUUUCAGCCGCUCACUCGCUCUUUCCAUCAGAAUUUAUUUUAGAAAAUUAAAAGAAUAAUUAAAACCUGUUUUUAGGCCGGAUCUUUUGUGAAGUAUGCUAUGGGAGGCUGUAGAUAUUUCUUCACAGCCUCGCAGUGUCAGCAUACACCUAAUAGAACUAUCUAUUGAUAUGUGAUCAAUAGCUCUGGUGGUAAUGUCUGAGGAUUAUGAUAAUCAUGGCUUUUCGUUGGGUGUGAGUGCUUAUGUUUAUUUGAGCACUUGCUCGAGGGUGGAAAAAGCUGGUGUUGCAGCAUUGCAUGAUGUAUUUUUUAACAAGUUACAGUCCUCUAUAAUCAAUGGAUAGAAAACUAUCAUGUCUUCUACAUUUACAUGUCUUACAAAUGGGGGAAGGGUCAGUUAAAAACAACUGAAACAACAACAAACAGAUGUAUGAUGGUGACUGAUUUUAACUCUUAAUUCAACUCUCACAUUAUUAAUUCAUGAUCAAUUUUUUUUAAAUGUCACCAGAGGGGCUCAAUAUCUGUCCUUACUCGUACACAUUCAUCACAGACCAUUUAAAUUCGUACACAGGGUCCUGCUCAUAGAGAUACUAGAAGUGUAACUCCCUUGUUAACACGGGAGUACCAAUAUGGAGGCCAGGGUGGCCUGUGGAUCCAGAAUGAGGCUGGGAGUCACAUGCUAAAUUGCUUGUUGUCAGCAGUCAGUUAGAGUCUGAAAGCCAACCUUUCCCUGCAGACAGCGGCACGAGUCAGUGAAGUGGAAGGGUCAGCUGUUUCCAUUAUUAGCAGAAAAAUGAAUUAUUUAUUUUUGUGUGGUUUGUUCAUUUAAAUAUGCAUCUAGUCAUACUUCCCAGCUUUCCUUGAAUCAUUCAUUGACAAUACUUGCAUUGUUUUUAUUUUUUUUAAGAUGGUUGUGAAAUUGUUUACAAAUCCACUCCAUCUCCAAAUCAAAAAACAUGAAGUCUCAGUAUUACUGCUGAAUGUUACAGAGAAAUUUUUGGUGAAGCUUGAGGCUCCUGUGAGGAACACUUCAUUGGCUAUGAAAGAUUCUCAGCGACAAGAUCCCCUAUUUUUACACAUUUGUGGGAUAGGUGUUAGACAAAAUGACAUAUUUGACUUUUAGAUUACAGAACCAGCGCAAGCAAUGGCUUAUAAUUACUUUUAAUAAACAUUUUAUGAAGUUACAUGACCGGUGCUGUAAAAGUAACUUUACAAGGAGCCCCUUGCCCUCCGCAGGAGCUUCAACCAGCAGACUGCAGCUCCAAGCACUGCUGCUGAUGACAGUCUCUAAAUGCCCAACUGUUGAGUCCUUCAUGCUUGCAUUACAAGCAAAUGUCAGGAUAAUGUCCAGCAUAGCUUACCACUAGUUCUUCUGUUGGAUCUGCUUUGUUUGUCGUGGUCUCUAAUUUUUUUUUUAGUCUUGUUUGAAUUUCUUGAACACCUCAUGGCUGUCCUUUGCUGUGUGGUGGAUACCUAGGGCAGCAAGCAAAUAGAAAAUACUUCAAUGUUUGGGCAUGUCUCAUUGUAUUCCCAUCACAACGUGAACACACUGCUUCCUCAACUUCAUUGUCAGUCUGUUUGUUGGUCCUUUUCUCAAUUUCCAAGGCUUCAACUGCCUUUAACUGACUGAUUGCUAUUUUGAAAAUGUUGGCUGGUGUGACUGAAAUGGCACUUGUGUCCAAACUACAAACAGGACCUAGUAUCCUUUUCACACUCAUGGACCAAUCACCAUGCUCAACCACCUACUCUGAAGCAGGAACCAAAAUGUUUCCUCUAAAUUGGGCUCUACCAUGAAAGUCAAUCAUUCCUGUUGUGCAGAAUCAAUAAUAUAGCGAGGGUUUCAACAGUUCCUGGAAUUAUGAAAAAGUUCCCAGUCUGAAAACACCUUUUUGUUUACAGCAGGUGCCAAAAUUAACAAUCCAAGUCCUUCACAAGAACUUUAAAUUGAAUGUGACCCUAAAUAAUCAUAGAUGAUAGUUCAGUGAAUCUGUUCACAGGUAUUUUUUAAACAGAUACAAUGGAGCUUCCUGAAUGUACAUAUGUAAUCCAAAUACUCAAUGUUGUAAAGAAACACCAUUUUUUUUACCUGUUCACCUUGUUUAAACCUGUCCAUUUUCCACAGAAUUACAAAAAUGUGUUCUUGAUGUCUACGUUAGUCAUUCUACAUGAUGUACUGACACCAUUUUUAUUUGUCUUUCCAGGUCAUUAAGUCAGACACUUUUAAGCACUUAAGGCACCUUGAGAUCCUCCAGCUCUCCAAGAAUCAAAUCCGCCAGAUUGAAGUCGGAGCAUUCAAUGGCCUCCCCAACCUCAACACCCUGGAGCUUUUUGACAACCGCCUCACACUGGUGCCAUCACAUGCCUUUGAGUACCUCAGCAAGCUGCGAGAGCUGUGGCUGCGAAACAACCCCAUUGAGACUCUGCCAGGCUAUGCCUUCCAUCGAGUGCCCUCGCUACGACGCCUGGACCUGGGUGAGCUCAAGAAGUUGGAUUUCAUCUCUGAUGCAGCCUUUGUUGGCCUCAUCAACCUACGAUACCUGAACCUGGGCAUGUGUGGGCUGAAGGACAUUCCCAAACUGACAGCCCUUGUGCGUUUGGAGGAGCUGGAGUUGUCAGGAAACAGGCUAGAGAUCAUUCGACCUGGUUCCUUUCAGGGCCUGGUCUCGCUCCGCAAGCUGUGGCUCAUGCACUCACAGGUGUCUGUAAUUGAGCGCAAUGCUUUUGACGACUUAAAAAACCUGGAGGAACUCAACCUGUCCCAUAACUCCCUUCACUCCUUGCCCCAUGACCUUUUUACGCCACUUCACCAACUGGAAAGGGUCCACCUUAACCACAACCCCUGGGUCUGCAACUGCGAUGUGCUUUGGCUAAGUUGGUGGUUGAAAGAAACAGUGCCGAGCAACACCACCUGUUGUGCACGGUGCCACGCUCCCCCAUUUCUAAAAGGUAAAUACAUUGGGGAGCUUGACCAGAGCCACUUCACCUGUUAUGCACCAGUCAUUGUGGAGCCACCUACUGACCUUAAUGUCACCGAGGGUAUGGCUGCUGAGCUCAAGUGUCGCACAAGCACCUCCACAACAUCUGUCAACUGGAUCACCCCAAAUGGAACUCUAAUGACCCAUGGAUCUUACCGAGUUCGGAUAUCCGUUCUGCAUGAUGGCACGCUCAACUUUACAAAUGUCACGCUGCGUGACACUGGUCAAUACACCUGCAUGGUCACCAAUGCUGCUGGCAACACCACAGCAACUGCUGUCCUCAAUGUCACAGCCGCUGACACCAGUGUCAACUACACCUACUUUACUACUGUCACUGUGGAAACUGUGGAGACCCCAGGGGAGGAGGACUCUGCACUGGUAGCCAUCAAUGAGACCUUCAUUCGUGUUCCCCCUGGUCCAACCCCCUCUGGCCACCUCUGGCCUGAAGGUGUUUCAACCACAGCAUCUUCUCUGUCUGCCGGCUGGUCCCCAUCAUCCCCUCGGACCACCAAACCUACCUUCACUGUGCCCAUCACUGAACCAGGCUUUUCAGGCCUGGAUGAUGUGAUGAAGACCACCAAGAUCAUCAUCGGCUGCUUCGUAGCCAUUACCUUCAUGGCAGCGGUGAUGCUGGUGGUGUUCUAUAAGCUGAGGAAGCAGCACCAGCUUCACAAGCACCAUGGCCCUGCUCGUGCCAUCGAGAUCAUCAAUGUGGAGGAUGAGCUGGGGGCUGGGGCCAGUGGUCGGGGGAGUGGUAUCUCUGGAGGCUCCACUAUGACCCAGAGUGGAAACAGUGGAUUAGGAGGGGGCCAGAGCCUCAGGCUGCACCAUCCAGAAAUUGUCAACCUGCCAAAUUUGGCGCGAUCUGAGCACCUCAACCACUACUACAAGACACACCACUUCAACAACAACAUGAUGACCUUGGGCAUGGGCACAGGUCCUGGUGUGGGCCUCAACAACAACAACAACCCCUCACCUUGCUCGCCGUCUCAGAACACAACCAUACCCUGUUCCCAGAUCGCAACCUCCACCACUGGAGGGACGCCAACAGGGGGUACCCUGCCCUCCCCUGUGCCCCUGCCCCAGUUGGGCCUCCACAGUUCUCUCAAAGGCCUUAUGGGGAAAAGCCAGAAUGAGCCCCUGCUUUUUAAGAGUGGCUCCAAAGAAAAUGUGCAAGAGACUCAAAUUUGAUUGAGAGUGAGAGCAUAAUAAGAUGUAGAGAUGCUUGAUAAAGACAGUGAGACAGACAAGAGCCUGUGAGACUGAGUAAUAGAGACUGAUUGUAGCCUACUGUCCUCAUGGACAGAUUCCAGAAAAGAUUAUAUUUCACAUAGUUGCUGCUUUGCAUUGUCAGUCUGUUGAUGGGGAGAAGCAGACAGAAAUACAGAAGGAGACCAAGUACAAUGUCGUCUCAGCACUAGUCCCAACAAUAGCAUUUGCACAUGCUCUUAAAGUCAAUCAAACACAAUUGUACUAAAUGUACAUGCCAAACAUUAGAUUUGUUUAGUUACCUGUUAACCCUGCAGAGGUCUUAACCAAAGCAAUGAAGCCAAUUGUUUUGACUCUACCACCCAAGUGGAUAACUAGAAAUAUAACACGUCCCUCUCGGUUUUAUAAAAGUCAAUUCAUAUAUUUCCAGACAUGUAUAGCUAUAUCUUUGGAAAGAAACUUCAUAUUGGCCAUUGAAGCUAUUGUCAUAUCAGUGUUGGGCAGAGACUCUGGAUAACAAACAAUGGUUUGGGUGAACAGUGUGGUCCUAGGUUUCCAGGAAGCGCAAAUACAAAGUGGAAGAGGCAAAAUUAGAGCAAUGCAGAGACUGUGUCCAAGACACACGUGUGAGACUAGUGCUGUGCAGGGGGACAGAAAACAACACAAAAGUAUUUUUUCAGAGUGGUUCCACUCUCAAUUUCUCACUUUCCCCCUUUUUACACCUUUUUGGCUGCUGUCCUCUUUGAAUGAAGAGAGAAAAGAAAGGUUUAUCAUGGGGCAAGGAAAACCCCCAUGGCUUAAAGGACAAUGAAAGAUAUUAAAAGACUGAAAAUACAUAUUAUAUAUACCGUAAAUAUAUUUUCAUUCAAAGAAAUAAAUUAUAAAGAAUCUUUAUCAAACUUCUGACUGAAACUACAAUGUCUGAAGAAUAGUUAACAAAAAAGAAACAGCUGUUGUAGUGGCCCUCCCUUACGACUUUUCCAAACUUGAAACACGAUGGUUGCCCCGCCUGUGCAAUGUAAGGACACAUGUGGGAGAGUGGCAGCUGUUGAGAGGGAGCUAAAACAUAUUUGGGUGAAUUUAUUUUGGUCUUGACUCUUUUUUGUAGCCACACGAAAGUGUUUUCCCUCUCCUUUCACAUUCACACAAACAGGGUCACUGCAGAAGGGAGAUCUUUACACCCUGCUGCGAAAAUGACACAAAAUACGAUUCCAACUCUUCAUUUGCUACACAGCAUAGCUAUAGUAUUAAUAAUAAUAAUCAUAAUGGUAAUAAUGAUAACAAGCUUUAGCUUAAUUUGUCAUAAUGGCCAUCUAAUAAUGAACAAUAUGUUAUAAUAUUUUACUGUAUUAUUACGGUCACUCAAAUGUUGCACAUGCUAGCUUAUCAUGCUAUCUGAAAAUACAUGCUAGUUUCAACGUAAAGAAACCUUUACAAUCAAGAUAUGACAUAUUAUUGUUACCAUGUUAUCAUUGUUAUCAUUGAUAUGACUAUUAUUAUUACUACUUGUGCCUAUAAAUAGCUGAGAUGACAUAUUUUUUCAUUUGUAUAUGACACUGAAGUUGUUUCGUGACUGACUCGGUCGGGUUCCGGCUAACACACGGCAGUGGGACGAACUCAGCGUGCCACUAAGUGAACUCCACAUGCAUCAGCAGGAAAUAACCUGGCCCUCAAAAUGGCUUCCUCAGUCCAGCCCUCACUGACUCCGUCCGCUCUGAUGUCUGGAGCAGGCAGGACUCCUCAUUUUAUCACAUGGUUAAGACAGGAAAUGAACCUUUGAUGAAGACUGCUCCUUUGCAGGGGGGAUUAUUUCACAACUGUAUCUCAGUGUUAUCGUGUAUGAGUGGAUUUCAUGGCAGCAGGGAGCUAAAUGGACAACAGGCGCUGCUGAGCAUUUUUGAAGGUAAGCGAUAAAGCAGAAGGUAACAUACAGAGCAGUAUACAGUGGUGGGUGAUUUUUUCUAAAGAAAAAGGACAAUUAAAUGAAAAAAUAUAGAAGCUUAUAGAUCUCUUUUAAAAAAAAACAAAAUUAUUAUGAUAAGUGUUUUUCAUUUUGGGUUUUUAUCAAGUUUGAUUAUUUUCUGUUUUUUUAAAUCAAGUGUUAUCUUUAUUGUAAUAUUGUUAUUGUUAUUAUAAUUAGCUAAUUACACUGGUUAUAAUUCUGAGAGAUGUUCUGUUAGCAGAGGUCACUUUGAAAAUUAAAAAAACCUGGCACAUACAAUGGCAGUUGAAGUCUGUGAAAUUUGGUGGCUACUUUUUCUUUCCUUUUUCUGUUAUGAUUUAAAUUGUAGUAUCACUGUUUGUAUCCCUUUGGCUCUGCUUGAGAUGAGACCCAGCGAAUGUGAAAAAGUACUCACUGGGUCCUUUUUUUCUGCACAGGGGGACAGGAAAGGCCCUGCUCUGGUUUACAAGCUCACUCACACUCGCUCUGUGCUUUCCUGAAUGUCAUCGCCAUGUCAGUGUUCACAUUGCGGUUGCGCAAUGUCAACCUCUCGUUGCCAUGACUACACACUCAGAAAAAUUGCGCCAAACAUGAAUGGCGUCAAGCAUCAGUGUGGCACCCCUUCGCCAAUCGUCAGUCUCGUUCCUGUCAGGCAUUAUAUCUCAUCGAGCUGGCCACCAUUCCUCUUAAUGGUAGCAAAUCAACUUGAGCAUUGUACCCUUGUCCUCGCAUAAACGCCACCUCCUCCUCCUC